GUCUCAGGAGCUGUCAGAGAGCGGUUCGGAUGUUUUAAAGUUAAUUACAUUUCAAGAAUCAAGGGUCAGGUUUAAUAAAGAAAUAUAAUAGCACUGUAGAAUUAGGAUAUUUUAGAAUGAAAUGAAUCACCAUCCAGCUAAUUUCAGACUCCUUUAGUAAAUAUAUGGUGCAAAUCGCUCAUCGACCACACGCUAUAAGUUAUUGCCUUAUUUCGAGAGCUAUGUAACCUGGUGGUGACAACUACCGAUUCCCCUGUGCGCGUGCGUGUGUGAUGGUUGUGUAUGUGCGUGUGACUGAGCGACUGUGUGAAGCUCGUGUGUGUGGGAGAAGUGAUCGCUGGUUCUGUGUGUGUGUGUGUGUGUGUGUGUGUGUGUGUGUGUGUGUGUGUGUGUGUGUGUGUGUGUGUGUGUGUGUGGAGAGAUGGACGCGAGGAAGGCGGAUGCAGAUAAGACUCGCUCCCGCUGUCCCCGAGACUAAGGACGCAGUUUGAACGUUUCCUCGUGGACAGAUUCCUGCUUUUUUAACAUGUAACCCGCCAAUAUACUAUGAUCUCCGUCGUGCACGCGGGCACCACCCCUCUGAACGCUGCCGUCUAUCUCUGAGCUGUCAAUCAUAUCACUCCGGGAUUUCUACAUGUGAGUGCAUGGCACGCCGGGCAGGGCGGUUCUCCGCGCGGGGUGAAGAAACGCCGGUUAAUAUGGAUGGAAGGUCACUCAUCAUCUCAUCGUUUCAGUCACUUUGAUUAGGUAAAGCGGUGGAAGGCGUGAGGAUGCACGUUUGAUGCACGAGAUGUGUAGCCUAAUGCAAUGGGAACACGGCGCGUGUCUACGGUUGCAUAUAGGCAGUGCGUUGCUACGGGGCGUAAAAUAGGCCCUCUUAUCUGUCACCGUGAGUCGCUUUAUUUUGCUUUUUGACAUACAUAUAUAUUUCUGUUUUUCAACCCCGACAGCGACACUGUCCUAUAGCCUGACCGUAGUGCAGGGAAGAUGAUGUGCGAGGUAAUGCCGACCAUCAGCGAAGGAGAUUCGGCCGGACCUCCCAGAGGAGGUACCACCGGAGUCCCGAACGGCUCGGACCAGGAGGCCAACUUCGAGCAGCUGAUGGUCAACAUGCUGGACGAGAGGGACAAGCUGCUGGAGUCCCUCAGGGAGACUCAGGAGACACUUAUUCAGUCUCAGACCAAGCUGCAGGGGGCGCUGCACGAGAGGGACGUGCUCCAGCGGCAGAUCAACGCCGCGCUGCCUCAGGUGAGGAGACAGUGGUGGAGGAGGAGGGGAAGGAGGAGGAGGAGGAGGAGGAGGAGGAGAAGUGGGCCUGUGGAGGGGAAGGGUCGGGCUGUGGUUGUGGUGUGGGAUGAGAUAGAUGAGGUUGCUACUGUUGUGUGCAUUAUUUGUGGUAAGGUACAUCAUGUUACAGUGAGACACCUUUGAUCUUGAAACCUACAAAGGCUGAAUUUCCAUCAAGACAAGAUGGUCAACUCAAGGACCCUCAUGUUUUUAGCUUUGGUCCAAGAACUGGUUUGUUCUGAUGCAUAGAUUUGGCCAUACUGUCUGCAUCCUGAGACCUCAUUUAUUUCAGCAUUAUGCUUUUGUGUUGCAUAUUCAGGACAUUAUGUCUUUACCAUUAAUCACCUUAUGCAAAUACGGGUAAAGGUAAUGUCCUUGCAUUUCAAACACACAUAUUGAAGCAGCUGUGAGGAGAAGCGGGGCCAGUAGGUUCUGGACCAUCUGACUUAUAUUAAGCUCCAGAAUCAUAAUGUAGGUAAUCUCCUGUUCUAGAUAGAGUCUGAAGCAAUUACAACGCCAAUUUUAAUUGAUUUUAUCCAGUAUAACAUUGUCAGUGUGCCCAAGCAGGGCAACAAAUCUUGAGUCAUUUAGUCAGAUCUACAUCUGACUUAAAGGGUGUGGCAAAAAAAAAAAAGUCUAUCAGGCCCCCUCUAGUAUCCAUGGCUAUUUAAACUUUUAACUGUGGAAUAGGGGCCAAUACUCAGCCCCUAUUUUCUUCCAAGUCCGGCACUCCUGCUCAGAAAAGCCGAUGGCUCAUAGCUUAUGUCAUUUACAGCAGCAGUAUGUCUUUUGUAAGCUAAGAUUUCUGUAGUGUUCACCUUCUGUGGGAACCCCUAUAAUGCUCCUACAUGUGCUGGAAUCUCACCCUGAGAGUAACUGUGAUGAUGAUGAUGGGGAUACACACACACAUACUACUUCAAACGCUUGUAAUUGGCAGUGUGCCGAAAGGGAGGAUCCAAAUGUCUCAUAGGCAGAAAGGUUGAUAGUAGUUGGUGGAAAGGUAGGGAGGAGGAGUAGAGGGAGGAUGGAGUGUUUUUACUCUCCAGACCAGGGGAAUGUUUUGGUCUGAGAAAGAUGUCUCCUGUUGUUUAGAAUGGAGGGUAGUGCCUGCUAUUAUCUGGACCAAAACAGCCUCACUUCUUUCGGUACCUGUCAAUAACAAUGUGACUGAGGGGAGGUGAUGGUUGACGAGCAUAAAGUUGAAGUUUUUGCGGAUUCAUGAGUAAAAGUGGGAACAUUUUCAAGAAAGAUAGCUGAAUAAUGUCUGUUGAAGUCAUCAGGCAUGAUGACAGUUAAGCCUCAGCAAAUAGCGCAGUGUUACCUAUGACCCUGUGGUCUAAAUGCGUGGCAUGAUGUCACAGCGCCAUGUGAGUGUGUGUGUGAAAGAGAGAGAGAGAGAGGGAGAGAAACAUGCUGACGAUGACAGCCUCACUGCAGCCUCUUGUGAAAGAAACAUGGCCGCUUGCUAGUAUACAUGGCCCUGGGCUGCUUGCUUCCACACAUGCACACAUGUGUCUCAAUGUGUGUGUGUGUGUCUGAGUCAGAUGGAGAGAGAGAGGAGGGAGUGGGAAGAGACUGUCAUGCUCGUUUUCUAAUCCUGCUUGGUUCAGCGUAAUGUUUUAUUCGAGCAAUAAUACAAGUAUUAGUUAUACAGUCGUAGACCUCGGGGACAUUAUGCAGACAUUAUGACUGGCGCACACAUGCAUAAGCUGUCUCCUGCCCUCUUUUUCUUACUGUGGCUCAAAACAUUACACACACUCAAGGCACACAUGCACAUCAGUGGUCAUCUCCAAACCAGAAACCCAGCAGUGAUGAUGCAAUGGUCAGUACAGUGGUGAAGCAAUAUAAAGAAAUUAGAAUAUUUCACCUUUUUUUCCUCUGAAAGGAUGAACAAGGAUAGUCUGAUAUGAUUGCAGACGAAUUGCAAAGUGCAGGUUGUAAUAAUGAGGGGGAAGUGUGGUAAAAACAACAUACUGUCUCUGAUAUCUCAAGUUUUGGCGUUAUGAAUACAUUAGAGGGAUGUUGUAGCAGUUGGCAGUGCUGCUGACCCCAUUAUUCUAUAUGUGUCAGUGGUAAUUAUGACUGCUGCUGAUGUGUUAAAGCUGUUGAUUGCGAUGAAAUAUCACCCAGUAUCUUUUAUUUCUUCUGCUUUCAGUCAGGAGUGUCUACAUAUGUGUUGUAGGCAAGUAGAGAUUGUGUUGUUCCUCUGUGCAAGUGCCCUGCUCCUGAGGUGUAGACUAAUAUAUUUGUGUCGGCGCAGCAGCCCAGACAUUUUCCCCAAAUCCAACUGCUCUUUUCUUUCUCUUUCUGUUUGCCUUACCAACAUUUCUCAUCUGCACCUAUUAGGUGUGCAUGUGUCUGUGAUUGUGUGUGUUUGUGUUGUCAUGUGUCUUCUGUAGGUUCCCUGACUCUUUGGGACUGGUCUGACCCAGAACUGUCAGAUCUCUGUCGCUCCUCCAGAUACACACUCGCUAAUACACGCACACAAAUAUGUGCAAACACACUGUGAGAGGUUCAGAACUCAUUGCUCUCCAGUGUUGUCAUUGUUAAAAAUACAUAAACUCAUAUCACCUUGGCAUCACUGUUCACAUUUAUGUUUGUCUCUGUAGCAUCAUUAAAUGGGACGAUGCUGCCUUUUAAGCACAUACACACACACACAGAUAUACUCACAGACACACACACAGAUAUACACACAUAAAGACGAGGAUGGAUAUGUUCAUUAGCUACAGAGAAUAGGGUUUCAGAUUAACAUGUCAACCCAUUACAGUGCAAAAUGCCUCUAAUACAGCCCUCCGAGAUGGGUUUGCCCAAAGACAAAUUAGGUUUUAAUCACACACACAGAGCCAAACGCAAAUGCUUCUACACACACACACACACACACACACACACACACACACACACACACACACACACACACACACACACACAAAAAUGCUUGUUCCACUUCAGCUGUCCAGAUACUGUCAUAGAGAGUGUGCUGUAAGAGCGAGACACACAGAGAGAGAGAGAGAGUGCACACAGUAGAUGAAGAUUGUGUGUCAAGUAAGCAGGUCACUGCUUCUCCUAUCUAUGCAGCAUAUUUCUAUCACUAUGGUAUUUUGCCAGUAGGUGCUGCACAGUGACUUUGAAAAGUUUUGAGGGUUACUCCAUUAAUACAGGAUUGUUUUUUUUUAUCAGGAACUCAUCAGAAACAGAGAAAAAUGAUGUCAAAGUUCAUUCCCCUGGGAGAUAGGGUUUAUGUUGUUUCGUAGAGUGUUUUGUGCAAUGAUUAACACUAAUAUCAGGUCUGUUUGUUCUGUACACAGUCCAAUCAUGGAGGUGGUUAGUGCAUCUUCAUAAAACUUGAGUGAGUCAGGAGACACAUUACUGGGCUAUUUGUUAUGACUUUUAGGUCAUAUACAAACAUAACUAUGACAACAACAUUGUGCAGAUUAAGAAAAAGUCCCAUGAAGCCAAUGAUGACUCUUUUUUUCUUUUUUUUUUUGUUGGUUGUAGGAAUAACAGUUGAGUCCUUAUGGUUGUUUGGAGUAUGUGAUAUCCUUUGGUCUUGACAAAAUGCAUGUUGGUGUGAUCAAAUUAAACAUUUUGUUAGAAACGAAGCCAAAGACAAACUGAAAGGUGUGUUUUUUCACCAAAACAAGAGCCAGGUUAACUGUUGCCCGUGCUUUUGGUAUGGCUUGCCACAUUCUCGAAGAAUAGGCCUGUGUCCCAAAAUGUUCCAGUGAGGGCAAGCCUACUGUGUUUAGACAAGCAGACUUGGACGACUAUGCAAAAAUGAAACUUUAGACUCUGGAAUUAAGAUCUAACUUAUGUCAGGUUUAUAGCUGGAACUAAAUUGGCAACCAUUGGAGGCUAUAGUAAGCUAACCUGGAGAGGAGGUAGUUUGGGGAAGUGGUCAGAGAAAAUGACUGGGUCAAAUAAUCAAACCUUAAAGCUCCUCUAAGGUUUUUUUUUAUAAGGGUUAUGAAAAGCACUUAUGAAAUCUGAUUCUUCUUAAUAAGCAAGCAGGGACAACAGUGACAAAGCUGAUUAUUUCUUUACUGUUAUUUUGUUUAUUAGGGCCACGGGGCAAAAGCACCAAGGCACUAAUGUUAUACUGUGGAUAUUUUUCUUAUUCCUCUUCUGGACAAAUUUCGAUUCCCUACUAGUCUUACAGCUUUAAAAGUGUAUGACAAAUUAUAUAUCAAAAUGUGCAGUUUGAUUGGGAUCAGUGUGCUGUUACUUUUCUCUAUUGUAUAUUAAUUUUUCGCAACAUAAGUCUAAAAAAAUGUAGAAAAAUUUUACAUUUAAGUCAACAGAACAAGGGGGGAAAAAGAGCAAUUAUGGAGGUUUUUAAACCUCUUCUGCUCAGGCUUCCUCUUUUUUUUUUUUUUUUCUAUAAAUCAAUCCUUGAAAAAGGAACGUCUACUAUAGGUGUGCUCCUUGUAUAUAAUAUCAUAAUGCUACUUGUAUUAACCAUGUAAAAUCUCCAUUUAAGAAUCUCAUCAAAGAUACACACCCUGCAGUAGCCCAAUAAGAGCCUUUUAAAAAAUUCUCAGAGGGAAUUCUCUAGUUAUAUUGUUCAACUGCUGCUAUAGGUUAUUACAGACUACAUGGUAAACAGCAUGUUGCAAAAACUGUAUUUUUUAACAUUUAACAAAGAAUCUUGAAGACUGAAACAUUUCACUGUUUGAGAUGUUUUUUUUAGAAAAACUACAGUUUACACAUGUUCAAGGCACAUUGGUGAGAAGGACUACUUUUUGUAAACAGAUUACUGUUGGUACCAGACAACAUGGACCGCAGAAAUUUAUGAGGACCCACGCAGUAUAACAAGCCUUAAGUUUGCGGUAAAAUUACACUCCAGACAAACCAGAAAUAAAGUUGGUGUGAGAGCUGAAUUGAAUUAGAUGUUUGAAGUGUAAAGGCAGGUGGUAAAGUGCUAGAGUGUUAAAGUGCUUCAGUGCUGGUGUAUUGCACAUGAUGGUAGGGGUGCUGGUGUAAAUUGCACCUUUGCUCCAGGCCCCAUUGAUUGAAAUUGCUAGUGUGAUUUCACAUUGCCCUAUUGUACAAAAAUUUGCAUAAACAGACAUGUUUAUGUAUGCACUUUUGCACAGUGAGAGCAUGAAAGUAUUCAUCCAUGUUAUAUUGCACUAAAGCUGCAUACACUGAUAGAUGCGCACCUGUUGAUCAAAUGGUUGUACACUGUCACUGAGAGUCAGUGCAUGACUCUCAUAAGUUGCAUGUGGAAUAACAGCUGCUUUUAAGGCAUCACUUAAAUCCCACAUUAGUUUAAUGAAUAAAGGUCAUUUAACUUUAACAAGGCUGGCACACUUAACCUAACUACACCAUUAGUGGUUCAUCCUAGAAAAUAGUGUAAAAAACAAAAAAUCACAUAUGUUGUCACAUGGGUUUAGAGGACUUGUUAAAAACUGUUUCCACAAAGUGUUAUCAAGUCUUUUGUGUCCCCGAAGAAAGCUCUUAUGAUAUGGAGAAAAUUAUAAAAGUAAAAUCCUAUCAUUGUGUUUAUCUCAGCUCAUGUGUGAGAAAUCAAAGUCUUGGGAGGAAACUCAUAUUAAGGCACUUGGACACGCAGAGAGGUUUUUCAGUGUGGAAGUUGUAUUAUAAAGCAUCUUUGAUGUUUGUAAAAUGUAAAUUUCCUAGGGUCUGUGGCCUUUACAUACAGAUUCAAAGAUGUCUGUGUUAACUCAUGGUUUACUGUGUUUGCUCUCUGGAUUCAUGUAAGGGUGUUUGGCAUAAACAAAGCACUAAGUCAUUCCAGCACGCAGCUCUCUGCUUGAACAACUAAAUAUUUGUUAUCUAAUUUCCCCUGUAUGUUAACACUAUAUCUUUCCCCUCUGAAUCUCCAUCUGUGUGAGACGGGUUUGUACCUUCACUCUGGGAUGUGAUCUCCAUGCUGUGUUUGGUGGUGUGUGUUGUGAUGUUUGGACACCUGUUCCAGUCAGACACAACACUGGCUAUUUUUGCCAGUGUACAAAUACACACAGAGAGAAAGGCACUCUCACACACUGUACACACUCUCCUGUCCUCCCAAAACAACAACUGCCACUUAUUAUGAAUUCUUACCCCUCCUUCUACUCUAAAAACAAAGACACACAGACAAGGACACACACAUGCACACAAGUUUUUGUGUGCUGUGUUCUUACUUUGACCCACCAUAUCCCCCUGACCUGUUGUGUGCCUUUUAGAGCAGUUACUGUUGCUUACCUUUGUGUCAGACAAAAGGACACAGAUUCAUACACACGCUUUUACUUCACCUCCAUGAAAAGUGUUAUGCAUACCUCUGUUUUCACUUAAGACCUCUCUGUCCAUCUUUGUUUGCCCUGGUUGGUCUAACUUCUCAAAAAGUGGAUGUAAGAUUAGUUUGUUUGCUGGCAUCUUUACUUGUUUGGCUCUUAAAUCCUCUUUGUCCUUCCUCUAAAAUAUUUUGCUCUCUUCCCCUCCGACAACCUUCACACUCUCUAUUUAUCUAACUCAUCAAUAUCCCAGAAGUCCAUUAUCUCAGACAGUUCUUUUUCCCUCCGUCUCCUGCAGCUGACCUCAGCCCAAAGCGCAAGGCACUCUUGCUCCGGAGGGAAAGUGACAAAAUUGCUCUCUGAUUAAAGCUCAGCAGAGCAGCAUCCAAAACAGUCAGAUACUGGUCAUUUUCUUCACUUGAACAAAUAAAACUUUAGUUGGGUUAAAUAUAAAUAAGAUAUAAAAUACAUCAUAACUGGUUUCUGUCACACACUUGAGUAAGACACUGGGGGUUUGGGUUUGACCACAUUUCAUUAUGUGGUUAUGUUAGUCACACUGUUACUGAUGUAAAGUAAUCAAAUUUUACUGACUUUUACUCUUACUCAAGUCCAUGUCCAUGCUAUGUAUUAUUAAAGAAGAAAAAGAAGAACUUUAUUGAUCCCGGAAGGAAAAUUCAAUUCAACAACAGUUAGUUGUUCUGGUCAAUUUCAUAUGAGAACAGAGUGUUUAAAACAUUUUGACUGAUCAAACAGGUGAGGGGAUUUUUGUGUCCUAGUAAAAACAUGAGAUGAAAAGUACUGGCAUGUAGCUAUAAUAAUGUACACAACAGACUGAUUCAAAAUUGAACAUUUCUGUAUUUAUUACGACUUGAUUUUGACAGACAGCUAAGUUAUGCAACACAAAAUCAAAUGUGGGCGGGACUUAUAAAAAUAUGACAGUUUCAAAACUAUGCAACUCUAAAGGGUCCUGGUGUCUGACAGGCUGUUUUAUCUGCAUGUGAAUGAGCGUCUUUCCAGAAUACCAUCAACCAUAUGGCAACAAUGUCGAUAUACGGUCCAGCUAGUCAGUGUGUAUAUGAUGUCUGUGUUUAGGCAACAUUAAGAGCAGCUUUAAAAUGGCAGGAGUAGAGGUGGAGCUCAGAGUGUGUCACACCCAUAGAUUGUUUAUACUAUGGACAACUUGGUUCUGCUUUCACCAGUAUACGGAUUUGAAGCCAAAAGUCGUUGAAGCCGUUUUUGCUUCGCUUCCUGAAACCAACAUUGCACAGUAGUGUUGUACGCACUCCACCACUUGUGCAGUAGCAUUGUACGCAUGCGGUGGGAGAGUCGCUGGGAUGACGCUGAUGAUGCUCAAACAGCAUAUCCCGCUGGUGAGCUAUGCAAUCUUUGUACACCCAUAGGCUGUAUCAAGUGUCAAUCAUAGAAAACAUUAACCCCCUAAUAACUUUUAAAAAUGGAGCUGCACAGAAAAAAGAGGACUUGAGCACAAACCAGUCUUACAGUAACUACAUGUCAACUUUGCAAGGAGGGGGGAGAAAAAAAUGUAUAUUCUGAGUAAUUAAUUUCUAAAGUUUGUCCACAGCUCCAUAAGGAUGGCUGGAGGAGGCGGGAUUUAUGACCUAUACUGCAGCCCGUCACCAGGGUGUGCUGUUCUCAAUUUGGCUUCAUCCAACGGGGAGGCAGAUGGCGUCCAUUCUAUAUACAGACUAUGGUCACACCCUGUCAGCUUGCCAAUGAAACCUGAACAGUAAUUCGACUCGUUGGAAAAUUAACUGAAUAAUUACUUCAUGAUUCUUUUUUUUUAAUAUAUAUAAACUCUUCGUCUAUUCACCUCUAGUAAAGCCUAAAAACUGAUCGCAGCAGAUAUCAUGGACAAACACAUCCAUCUUAUGCCGUCGCUGUUUGGCCUCACAGAAAUCCAACCAGUAUCCAAUAAAUGGUUGUGUGACAUUAACAACAACACUGUAGUGGUGAGUUUAAUGUUUCUCAAAACCAGUGAUCAAUUUUCACCGAAAUUUGUAUAUUUCUUAAUUCUUCUGUUAUCAGAAGGUCUCUACUGCUCUUAAUAGAAAAACAAAAACAGCCCAAAGAUGUGUACCUGGGUUUUCAAUAUAUUAUCCUCAGCCUAAUGAAAUCAAAUACAUGUUUCAUAUAUGCAAUCUCCUCGGUACACCAAUAAAUAUCUCUAUGAACUUCACACUCCCAGUUCGAUUAUAGGGUAAUGGUUUUUAGGCCAAUAAAGAGAACGUUCUUUCGCACCACUUGAACCAAAGCCAGCAGAAGUGAGCCCAGCAGGCUUAGUACUCAGCCACCUUAGUGACUGCAGCAGAGGUGUGCUUAGCUUACAGGUACAGUGUGAGAGGGAAUGCUUGUCAGAGCUAAUAGACCUUACACUGAGCAAAGAGGAAGAGCUUUAGGGUCCCCCUGCAUCGUGUUUGGAGAUGGCCUCAGAUUAUCAGGACACACACACACACACACACACACACACACACACACACACACACACACACACACACACACACACACACACAUUCAGUAAAGCCCUCUUACUCACAUCUUCACUCAUCUGCAAACAAUAACACACACACACACACACACACACACUGCCUGGCCUGUGUUUUCCUAAAUGUCAGCAUGCACUCUCUACAUGUAGCACUGUGUGUUUGCAUGUGUGUGAGCUAAUAUGCCAAAGGCUAGUGUUGCUUAUGCAUGCAUGGCUGAAGCAGCUUUGUGUACCAUGAUUGGAGAAUAUUGAGGAGGGUGGGCCAACUCAGUCAGCAAUUUUCUACAUCCUAUUGGUCGGUUGUUUAAGUCCAAAUCUUGUGCCCUGUGUUAUGUAAGAAGCAAAUACAGGAAUUUGGGUUGAUGUGGAAGAAAAUGGAGCAUGAAGUGAGCAGCUGAAUGUCACCAAGGCUCCCUGUAAGACAAGAAAGAGAGAGGGUGAUUUUAGUAGAAAGAGAGAGGCAACAAUGUCACUGAUAUAACAGAUGUUGUUCAAAGGGUGUCUCAUCUUUUGCUGUUUUUUUUUAUUUAAAUACUGAGGCAUUUUUAACCUGCAUUACAAAUGUGGAGUAGGACAGAGUUGAGGAUGUAAUGAUGGUCUCUGUGGCACAUAAUUUCAGUGUUUAUACCCAAGCAUAGCAAUUUUGAAGAAAAAUCUGGAGUGUCACCGAAUUGUUUUAUUUCAUCAUUUUGCCCAUAACCUCUUUGGUUAAUGUGAGUUUAGUACCACCAUGCAGAAGGAGUUGACAUGUAAAAUAUGAGCACAAAUAACACAUAUAUCACAACUAUUCGAUAUUGUUGGUAGGGGUGUGUCAUUUUAGGAACUCCAAAAUAUGAUUCGAUUUAGGGUGCUAGGAUUCAGUUAUUAAACAAUUAAUACGAUUAUCAUGAUGAUCAUGACUUUUUAGCUCUUUUUGUUCCAGCCAACUUCUGUGUGUUUCUGCAAUGUGGCUAUCAUGGGAAAUUAUCGAUUUCUGAACAUUUGUUAAUCAUAAUCAAUCGUCACGUGUUCCAUCCUGAUUCAUCCAAAAAUCAAUGCAUUGGCCCACCUCUAAUGGUUUAAGUUAACUUGUAAAAAUCAGUUCCCAGUAGCUCUGCUGCCGUUGCCUGAGUUUCAGGACAGGAUCUUGCUCCAUGUUUUCCCAUGAGAUGUGGUUGGAGUCCAGUAGUUUAUCAGACUGUUGUCUGCUUUUCACCCUGUAAAUGUCUGACCACUGUCUUGGUCAUUACAUUCACAUACUCUCAAGGCCAGAGAGCUAACAUUUUUAUCAAUUGAGGAUGCUAAUAUAAAUCAAUAUUAAUGCCACAGUGUCAACAGGCAGAGGUGAACAAUGCCUUACUGUGUUUUUGCAGAUUGAUUUGAUAAGUUUUUGUGUGAUCAGAUUGUCUGUGGUGUUGCUUCUGCUGUGGAGAAUGAAUCACUUUCGGUUUGGGGUUUUGGCCAAGUGGAGUCAAGUAUUUAAAACAACGAGAUCAUGAAAGAAUGACGAUUCCCUCUGAAAUCAUUCAGGAGAUUAAAGGCUGUGUCCCCUUCUGAACCCUGUUUUCCUGUCCAUCCAUCCAUGCACUGAUCUCUCGGAUCAUAGGGGCUUUGGUUGGUGCCCCAUGCAGGAACAUUUUUAUAUCUAUCAUAACAGGCUCAGAAAAAGAUAGGUGCCCAGCAAAUAUUAAGAAAGCGAUCAAUCCUUGAAAGAAGUGAGCCAUAGCUGUUAAACUAAAAUCCCAAGAUAAACCCUGAAGUCUUUGCUAAUCCUGCUUCAUAGCAAAGACCUCUUAACAGAUCAUCUAAAGAAUCCAUUUGUUGAAAAAACUGAUAAAAUACAACUGAAAUGUUGUUUGCGUGCCACAGUUGUGUAUCUCUACAACUACGGCAAGUGCUGCGGUUCAGAUUAAACCAUGCAGUGAUUGUGAGCCUGCUCACCUUCAUACACAUUUGCUCUCAGCCUUGACUGAGUUUAGCUCUUUAUUCGGCUAGUGCAGGUUUAUCACCUUGACCAUGAAAGUUGCGUAUUGGUUUUGGUUUAUACUUCAAACUAACAUUUCUGUCUAAUUCUCUGUUUUUAAGAGCUACAGCAAUUAGAUUAUGUUUGAUCUGUGAUUAGUCAGGAGUGAGAGAGACAAACUCAAAUGACCCCAGAGGAAGUGUGAGUGUGUGUCUGCUUAACAUUUCCACCUCCUGGCUGGCUGACAUCACACCUCUUUUUUUUUUCUCUCCCUCUCUGACUGUUCCUCUCCUCCCUUCCUGCGACAUCAUGACAGCUUUACACCAUCUACCAGUUUUUUUUCUCUACUCCCUAUUAGUCUACAGUCUUGUUUCAAAAACACCUAAGAAGCUCAGACCAGGUUGGUCUAGCCUUUGGCAAGUCCUGGUGCACAGCUUUUGGGCCCCUGAGCACUAAUAGAUAAUUAGUGUCCAAACCUAGCUCCCCCACACUGCUCUCCUGCAGCACGUCUUCAGUGCUACAUGUCUCAGUAGCAUCCAUCCUUCGCUCGCUCCAUCCCUCUGCCAGUGCCAUCUGGCUCCCAGCGCCAGCCACAUUUAGCUCAGCCGGGCGCCAAUUUGUCCCCCUGGCUGCUUGAGUGAGGCAAAGAGAGUCAGGAAAGAGGAAGAGUGGCAAAGAGAGACAGGUAUGUAAAGUUAGAUCCAGCAGACACAGACUGGAAGAGAUUAAGUCAGGGAAAGAAACAGAAGCAAGUGUACCUGUCGGCCCCCAGCAGCGUGUGACACACUCCGGUAAUGGGCAAAACAAACCGUCACCGUUAGCAUGUGUGUGUUAGUCUACUCUCUUUGGUAAUAAGAGCAGUGUGAUUGGAGUCAUAGGACCACCAGAGGGGAAGGAGAGAGUGAUGAUGGGGGGGAGGCAGGGAAGGGCAGAAUGAGAAAAGGAGGCACAAAAGGACGUGAGAUGAAGUUUUCCAGCCAGCAGGUAAGCCCACAGCGACCCUGCCAUGUUUAACAACGACACUAUUGGAACUCUGUCAGUUUGCUUUCCCUCCUGCAACUACGCCUGAAUACAAAACAAGGUACUGGUUGGCGGGAAGGGGUUUAAAAGUCAGAUGGGUUUUGGGUAGAGGGGACAGAGUUGAUAUUGUUGGAGGGUGUUACUGCAGCCACAUGAUUCUAACUUUCAGUUGGUCAUAAUAAUGGCAGGCUUUCAUUUUUUUUCUGUCCUGAGGCCCGAAGUGAGGAGCUAAAAUACAACAAUGUUGCACAAUUGUACUUCAAGUGGGCUAGCAUGCACCUGAAUAUUAAUACUACUCUUUUGGUUUGGCACAUAGACUGUCUACAGAAUGGCAGAGUCUGCCUCCUCACUGGGUGAAGCCACUCCGAGAACAGCACCCUCUGGUGACGGGCUGCAGUAUAGGUCAUAAAUCCUGUCUCUGCCAGCAAAGCUUAUGGAGCUGUGGACAAACUUUAGAAAACUAUUACACAGAAUAUAAACUUUUCUCCCCCCUGCUCGCGAUGUUGACAUGUAGUUACUGUAAGACUGGUUUGUGCUCAAGUCCUCUUUUUUUCUGUGCAGCACCAUUUUUAAAAGUUAUUAGGGGGUUCAUGUUUUCUAUGAUCGACACUUGAUACAGCCUAUGAGCGUAUAAAGAUUGCGUAGCUCACCCCAGGGUAUGCUGUUUGAGCCGAGCGUCAUCACAGCAACUCUCGGCGACUCUCCCAUCGAAUGCGUACAACGCUACUGCGCAAGUGGUGGAGCGCGUACAACGCUACUGCACAAUGUUGGUUUCAGGAAGUGGAGAAAAAAAAAACAAAAAAAAUGACCGAGAGCUUUUCGGCUUCAAAUCCGUAUACCAGCGGAAGGCGGACCCAAGUUGUCCAUAGUAUAUACAGUCUAUGGUUUGACGUUAUGACGAGUGAGGAGGAGAAAUCUAUAUUAGCCAGAAAGUGGUCAUCUAACAUCUGAUUGUAUAUUAUUGUGAUUAGCAAAGAUACUGCCAACACCGCCCUAAAUUUUCAUCAUGUUUUUAUGCUUAUAAAACUCACACAUCAUCACACUUUUUACCCUCCCAGCAUUAGACUAAAAACAGAGGAAAAAUGGCUGCUGUCUAAAUGAGGUACAUGCCAUAGACUCUAAAAAAUAAAACAACAGAAAGCUCUGAGAAGAAAGCCAAAGACAAUACUUUCACACAACCCUUUUUGCCAAAAGCAUUUCCAGACACCCACACACACAGUGGUAGGGGCAGCAAUCUCUAGACCCCAGUUUUUCUGAGAGAAACUUAAGCAGCAGCAGCAGCAGCAGCAGCAUGGGCAGCAGCAUCAGAAGCUUAGUCCCCGGCUGGACCCUUAAAAGGAUUUACAGAACUUCAAAAUGCUUCAUCUGCUCCAUGAAAUACAGCUUGUCAGUGUCUCACAACAUAGCACACACCCCCUGCUGCUGACUGUCAAUAACACCAGCACACACACACACACACACACACACACACACACACACACACACACACACACAGAUUUGAGACAGUGUGGCGGUGCAAGUGAAAUGCAGGAUUUGAGAGAAGGACACAGUUGUAGGACAAGUAUUGUUGUAUAUAGAAAAUGACUCUUGCAAAGCACACAUUUCUCAUUGUGCAUAUGCAUACAAUGUAAGUGGGAAUAUAUCACACCAUUAUGUUUUAUUCUUAUAUUCAGUGUAUUCUGUGGAGCAGUGUCUGUAUUUGUGAGUGCCAUUUCUCCGAUUAUGAAAAAAUUUUAAUAUUAUUGAUAUUCUUCUGGCAGUUAUAAUAAGCUGUCAUUAAGCAGUAAAAAGUGUAAUGGAUAAGGAGUAUUUAUGGCUAACAGAUUGAUUAACAGUAUGAGUCAAGUUACCCCCCAACCACUACUGCAGCAUCAGCAUGAAUUUCAAACCACAUCUCUGCUCCUCUUAUAACAGUAACUCCCAUAAUUACUCUCAUUUCAGCCGAGUUUCCUUCUGAUAACAGCAUGAGCAAAUAUCUAAUUUUUUUAUCUGCUUAAAUGGUCCACUAGCUUGACGGCGUGACUGUUUGAAACCACGUUCUGACCUAAUACUGACACAUUACGUACUGUAUACCGCCUUCCAAAAUGACAGUCCGUGCUGUUAACAACAGACUAAUGCAUACAGUCCAAGUAAGCAUGCCAGUCAGGCCUACAUAGAAUUCAACAUUAAUAUACAAAUGUUUAUACUUAUAAUGCUAGAUAGUUUUUUUUAUGUUUUAACUACAUAUCAAAUGUAUUUUAUGCCUUUUUAUGUUGCUGGUUGCAGGCUGAUGAGCUCUGCUAUUGUCUAGUUUGAAGAGCAGCAAUGCAUUUUGGGGGUUUGAGUAAUGACUAGCGAGUUCCAUCUCGUACUUGGAAAAUCCUAGUCAAUCUAAUAUACAUUUCUCACAUACACAAAACUGCUUAUGAAUUUUGAAUGUACUACACACUCAUUUUGAUACCACACUUGCAUUGUUGUUGCGCAGAGUUCACAACUGUCUGCUGCCAGUGUAAAUAUUAUCAAAGAAGUGAAACCCAAGGAAAAGAGUUAUUUUGUCGCUGUGAGACCAAAAUGGGUAGCUGAACUGCUCUGUAGAGCUAAGGAGAGCUGCAGAAUCUUGAUAAUGAUCUCAUGGUCCAUCACUUCAAAUGGGCUGUCUUUAUUGAGAGGACAACUAAAUAGAAAAUAUGAGGGGUGGAGAGGAGUGGUGAUAUGCAGCAAAGGGUUGUGGCCGAGAGUAAAAACAGCAUUUAUACAUUCUAGACUAUAGCCACAGAAGAUUUGCACAUGCCUAAACAGCUGGGUUUAGCUUCAGUAGAGAUGUGCAUAGUUAGUUGUCUAAACAAAUUAAUGUCACCACUUUUUCCUUUUGGCAUCAGAAUUAAAACAGAUUUUUAAUUUUUUUUUCAUUAUUGGCCUGAAGUGCCAGCUGAACUGUGUAUCUUAGCUGUAACGCAGCCUGUAAAUCUGGCUAACGGCUUCUGUAAUAGGGCUAUAAUGCUCUACUACCUGGUUGUCUAUAGUUGUCUAUAUGGCUACCCAAGCGGAGCUGUACAUAACCAAGCAGCACAGGCGUGUGGACCUCGAGAACCUAAGUCUGGUGUUUCAUGCUCCUCUUGGAAUUGGACAUUAUUUUACCUAAAGACUGUGUAACCCUGUGUUUAAACUCUGUUUACCUCUGACUGUUUUCCGAUUAUUUUCACAACUUCAAACUAAAUGACCACACUUUACCUCUGCUAUAAUGAUGUUGAUGUUAAAUAACUCUUAUAGUCCCACUUCGAUCGUUUAUUUUAUUUAUUUAUUUUUAUUUUACUACUUAAAGUGUUAUCAGUGGUCUUUAAAUUGUGGUUAAGAAGUUUUAGCCAAAAUCACGUUACCUGUGUCAUUUUCGAGGGCUUCUCUUCUGCAGAGCUCCAGUAGCUCAUUAGCAAUUCACCUCUGAGUCGUGGGCGGAGACAGCGCUGCUCUGCACACCUGUCUUCACGUUAGCUAGCAGCCUAGCAUUGCCCAUGUCGCAGAAGUGGCAGGUGACAUAGGAGUUUUUCAGCUCUCAGACACUAAUGUCUGUAGGGACACGAUGAAAGUUAAUAUAGUUAAUAUCAUAAUUAGCUUUCUUACGAGCAUUGCAAUCUGCGAACGCACACGCUUGUUCCGCGAUCAUCCUCUGUAUUUCUCCUCUAUAUGCAGAGUGUGGGCUGCAUAGCGGGGCUCCGGAGGUGGAGCUUGGAUUGAUUAUGUAUGAAAUCUCACUGUUUCUGAACCUGCAGUUUGGGUCUGCCAGAGAUUCACAGCAAUUUGAAUGAAGAAAUAAACAGAAAAGCAAUUUCGCAUUUAGUUUUCUCAUGAUAUGUCCUGUAGCAUCAGAAAAAUGCCAUAUGAACAUAUAAACAAACAAGAAAAACAUGAUUGUCAUCGGAGUGGGUCUUUAAAAGGUAGAUCUGCCAUAAUAAUAAUAACCAAUCAUAACCACAGAAUGAGUAUUCCCACAUAUUGUGCUCAAUUAGUUCCUCCUGUAAACAGAAAAGUGUGUGGAUUUCUUGGAAAAGAAAUGGUUGGAGUGAUAAAUCUCCCUGGCCCAGUCAGCACUUCCUGGUAUUAUAAGUGUCCAACUGGGCUGAUACAUCACACACGCCUACAGCCACACACACACACACACACACACACACACACACACACACACACACACACACACACACACACACACACACACACACACACACACACAAAGAAACACUUGGACUUGCAUGUGUCGCACCAAAAAGAUAUAGUAUGUGCUGAUAAUGUGAAUGAGAUGUUAGCUAAACUCCAGCGUACACUGCAGUCUGAGAAUAAACCUGUGAUGGAUACAUGAUACAAUGGACCAACUUUGCAUUACACCUUGCUGCUUAUUUAGACAUAAUGGGUUCAUUAUGUACAUACCACAGAAACUAAUGGGAUAUUUUUGGCAUGUGUAUAUCCUCGGCUCUUAGAUCUGCUUGUCUUGUUAUUAAACCAGGACUCGUUUAUCCAGCACCACCUACAACAUGCUUCAGAUCUUAGCUGCAGUCUGUUAUUCAUUUACUUCCAGCUCCAUUCACAGACACGUGGGCUGGUGCAGAUACUCCAAUGUGUGCGCACGGUUACACACACACAUACACACACAAGGACACACAAGCUCUGUCUAUGUUUCUAUGGAUUUGUGAAGUUUUUAUAGAGCUUCUCAAUCAUUUUUCCUUUAAUUAGUUUUUUCUGCCUCCCUAUUUUCUGUAAGCGAAAGAACCUGUUUAAAAUAGGUUUACAAAUAUUCUUAUGUUGACUCAGUUAAGAUCCAAUAUCCAUUUAAACAUUACAUACAUACUCAUCUGUUCCCCGUCUUCAAAGUUUCCUCCUUGACUCUCCUUUUUUUUUUUGUCUUUCUCAGUCUUGCUGACUGUCUAUCUCUCUGGCUUCCUUGCUCUCGGUCUUAUCAGUGGUGAUGGCUUUAAGCGUGUGUGCUGAGAGGUCUAUUAGUUAGCUAUCACUCUGUCAGAUAAUGCUUCAUAUCUCUCAGCUAGUUCACUGUACUUGCCACAGCUCUGACAGCAUGAGGUGGGAGCAGGGCUGCUGGGAAAUGAGAUGGAGGCACAAACCGAUACUUUCUGUAUAUUUAUAUGGAAGCUUAUGAUUGAUUUCAAUCUGUUUUUGUUUGCUUACCAAAGCAAAACUAGAUUCUUUUGAAGUUAUUGUUUUAUGCACAGUUUUUUUUUUCAUCAAGCAGAGUGUGUUUUGUCCCUGAGCAAUUGUAUGCAUACAACAAAUUGACCUAAAUCAGCUCAUUAAACUUGAAGGCCUGUAAAGUCUUCAUGUGUCCAUCAUUGCCUGGAAACAUUUGAUUGUGUUUAUCUGAGUGUUUGCUUCAUGUGCGUGCCUGUGUGCCCAUCUGUGUAUUGUUUAAUUGGAAUUAUUGCUUUCUGAUUGAAUUUUAAAGUCCAUGUAGUGCAUCUAAUUGCAGUACUAAUAGCCUGCACCAAUGCUACAUAUUAUUAUAGUCUGAAUAAGUGAUACACACACUCACUGUCAUCUCCACUGCCAGCUCUGUAUGUGGAUGAUGAAGGUCAGUAAGCAUUGUGGUGCCCCAUUAGAAUAAUGGGGGCUCUGACGUAGUCUGCCCCAGUGCAAGGAGGACAUCAUUCACACUUAGCUGCUCUCCCCUCUUCCCCUCUCCCCUUUACUCUCUCUCUCUCUCUCUCUUUGCUGCUGCUGUCUGCCCCAGACCAUCUCUUCUUGCCCUCAAUUCCACACUCCAAUACUCCGUCCAUUUACCUCCAUUUAACUUUCACUGACUCAUUCUGUGUCUGGAUUAAUAGACCUAAAAUGCAUAAACAAAGAUUGUAGGUCUAUGAGGUCAAAUGCAUUUCGUCUUUCAGCACACACUUUGAUUAAAGUGCUUUGUUUCAGAUUGCUUAGGAGACUUAAAGACUUAAAAACAUCUAAAAUAGAAAUGGCCCAUGGAGCAUGCAAGUUUAAAAUGGCCUAAAUACCUAUAGUGAGGCACCUUUAACAACAUUAUAACCAUACAUGCCAAUGUUGUUGUCUUUCAUUCCCUUUUUAUAAACUUUGCAAUUAGUCUUAAGUGAUAAUUGUUUCAUGUAGAAUAGAGUUAAUAUAUCUAAUACCUCAAAUAUCUCAUCUCAGAUGAGUAUACUCUACCUUUAUCUUGAAUUUUCUGUUCAUAAAAGUAAGACACUGAACUUAAAUGCACAUUGAAUAAUUCAUAGUUCUACAUUUUGCCUGACAGAUUUUCACUUUGCUUUCACAAUGUGUCAUGCAGGCAACCGUUAAAAGAUUGGACAUGAAAGUGUUAUAAUUUUCCUGGAAAUAAAAACCAGUCUGAGCUUGUUGGAAAGCUUUCAUAUCAUUAUUCUGCUCUCACUUUGUACUUGAUUGAAUGCAGGUGCACAGAGAAAGGCAUUCAAGGAGGUGCAUGUGUGUAAAAUUUUGUGCUGGUGUCAAAAAGGACUCAAGCAUACACCACUGUCGAUAAACUGGGGUGGUGAGAGGAGUUUUAAAGUUGCCUUAGAAUAAUAGGCUAUGUGAGUACUUUGUCCAGGAUUAUAUGACACACCAUAAUUUUCUCCAUCAGUUUAAAAGUUUUGUGUUUCAGCUGAAGGAGGAGAAGAAGUCAUUUUCUGUCAGUUUGUUAUGGCCUGAUGGUUAUUCAUACUGGAAUUAUCAUGUCUGUCAACUGUCAGCUCCAUAAAAGAAGCCACCAGAUAGUAAAUUCAGCUGGCAGCAAAUUUUAAGAAUCAACUGUUGCAUUUGGAGGGGAAAUCCCAGAACUAAAUACUAAAUACUGAUAUGCUUCAUAGUUUGUAGCUUUGAAAUCUAAAAAAAACUAUCCUGUCUUUGUCUGACUUAAGUCGAUUUCUAAUAUACACCCCUGAAAAUUUCAAGAAAGAUAGCCCUGCCCCUGAAAAUUUUCAAGUUACUUAUUCACACAUGCCUCCAACAGCAUGACAUAUUCCCCAUUGAACAAGGAGCCCACAAGGUAGGAUGUAAAAAUAACACUGAGGAAGUCAGUAUCUAAUGUAAAGUAUCUAGAUAAUCAAGAAGACUGCAGACUGAGGUGUCUAUGAGGACAUCUUUUUGCCUUUAUAUCAAUGAUAAUGUGUUACGACACAUAGUCACAGUUUCAGUCUAGAGUGGAAAAGCCGCUUUGUUAUGUGUAUCUCAAUCAAAAUACCCCGCACUCGCCAUGAUACAUAGGUAUCAUUUACCCUGCCCACUUGUUCAAGGUAGAAUUCACCGGCUGUAUUCACAUUGGUGUAACACGACCUCUUGCAGAAAUCUAACUAGGGGCUAGUAGGAAAAAAAACUGUAAAAGGUCAGGCUUUAAUAUAAGGCUACUCGCAUUUAAGUGCGGCUUCCCUUGAAAUUUUCAGGAGGUAAGUGAAUAUGUGAAAACAGCUUUUAGAUUCUAACCUCCAGUAAUGUCUCACAGGUGCACACUUUCUGUCAACAAAACUUCAAAAUUUGUCAAAUAUCUAAAAACUGUUGUUUCUAAGACAUACUCAAGUUGUAAUAAGUCUUUUUUUCUUCUUACUGUGACUAAUGUCAGCUAUUAACAUUGAAUUUGCUGAUUUCCAGAUGAGGAAUGCUGUAUUUCACUGGGAAAGACUGUGCUUGUUUAUGUGACCAUCUGUUUUAGAAGUGUAAAUGAGUGGAUCUGCAUUAGGCUGAACAUUUGUUGUAAUCUUGUGAGUGAGUCACUCUCAAGAAGCCAAAUAACACUGAAAUGAUGAAUUUCUGCACAUGCUUUUUAUACCCCCUUUCAAGAUGUGACAGCUGUGAGCGGACACUUUUUUACAGAUGAAAGGUUGACAUAAAAUAAAAGUCUCUGUGUAAAUGUGUGUAGGUUUAUCCAUUUUUGAAAUGUUUUGUAAAUGCUAUAAGCCCCCACAGAAAGUAUUUUAAUUUUGACACCACCAGCAUUUAUCCUCCUACAUAUAGAUAGAGAGAAAAAGAGGAGAAACUGUGAAUGAAAGAUGGACUGAAAUGCCUGUGGUUGAGUUACAUAAAGGUCAUAUGAAGCUCCCCAUCUCUUUCCUCCACACCUCCCCCUUCACUUCCGCUGCCAUCCUCUGAUAUUUCUCUCCAUCCUGUUUCUCUCAUGUUUCACUCUCAUCCUUUUGUCACUCAAAUCUGCUCACUUUUCUCCGUCCUAUCUGAUCCUCUGCUUCUCUCUGCUCAUCGUCUCUCAGCCAGUGGUGGCAUGUCAGCAUCUUGUGUCAGCAAUGUCUUCUUCUCUCUUUGCUAUCUCACGAGGACGGGCAGCCUAAAGGGAGAACACACUCAAACACAUACACACACACAGAGGGAGACGCACACACAAAUCUGUGCUUUAAUUGGUCCAGAUUGGCUGUGGACUUUGUGCCAGGGCGGUGGGUGCAUUGUAGCAUGCACUACAAACACACACACACACAUGCACACACAAACAGCUCUAUUUUUAAAGCGAAAUGCUUCUUUUUGAUAUUCUUUUCUUAUUACCUCUCCUUUGUCUCUGUCUGUUGUUGUUCUGUAACUCCAUACUGUUUCCAGAGCUGCCAAAUUGCACUAAUUAGACCUCCCUGCUUAUAAACAACUCAACACAUUGAAGAAAAGAAUAAAGCUUUAGGUAGAGACUAGAAAGGGAUUGUAUACCCUAACAGGUCAAGAAUGUUAAAUGAAAACCUUUCAGACUGCUUUUAUGAUUGUUUUAAUACUGCCAUCAUCAUGUGAUAAGGUAUGUAUUUAAUAGGGGUACUGUUCUGAUUUUGAUUCAUAACUUAGGUUUAAUAUUCUUGCUGUUUUAAUAAACCAUCCAUCUUUACAGCCAGUUACAGAUUGACAGUUAAUGCAGCAUGACUGCACUUGCUCUUGAUUGGCAAACGUCCAUAAACAGCUGCUUAAAUCCUUCCACUCGGGCUGAUUUAGAGCACUUGAACUGACACACCCGGGGGAAUGUCUCCACAGAACUGCAGCAGGAGUGUAUUCUGUAUUUUCUCUCUUUAAAAAGAGCUAUAAACAAAGCACUUCAAGCUGCUUUAUUGGACUCAUAUGUCAAAUAAUGUGUUUUUAUAAGCACAGCAGGAUUAUUAAAAUAUGGCAUCAGGUUACGUUUAUUCCUGUCAUCUCUUCUUCUCCUCUCUGUUACAAAUGCUAUUUCCUACCUGCAGAGCAUGUCCGGUUCACACGUUAACACGUAUACACACAAAUGUAAAGGCUGCAUAAAGCGACCCUGUGGGAAAACACCACAGAUCCAAUUGGCGCUUAUUUAAUGCUGACCUAACGGAAUAUAUGUCCAUCCCCUCGGUGUUCCACCCUCACCUUAAGGGCACAGCGCCAACACUUAACACAAUCGCCCACAUACACCACACACCACAAACAUAUACACACAUGUACGGUACGUAGGUGUUCGUCAAUAUCCUGUAGCCCUUAUGGCUGCCCUUUUACCCACUCGAUGUGUGGCAGCUUUGUGUACGUUAAUGUGUAUGUGUUCACAUGCAGACUCAGGGUUUUCUCUCUCCUCCUCACUCCUGCAAAUUCUGUCUCCAUGGAAACGAAGGGAGGGAGAAGGAGGGGUUAGUGUUGACUUCCUGACACCUUGUGUCCCACGGGGCGCCAACUGUCAGCAACUCUGUAUGUUAGUGUGUGUACGUGUGUUCACAUGUGUACGAGCAUAUGCAUGUUUUCUCCAAUGUGAUGAUGACCAUGAUCUGUGGCGCUGACAUCUUACAAAAGUAAGGGGCCAUGUGUAAAGAUAGCAUUAUCAUAGCGUGUCAUCUCAGUUUGACUCUCUGAAGGUGUUUAUCAGCGUGUGUUUCAACUCUGUGUUAGUGUGUGAGAGUGUGUGUAUGUGUAUCUAUUGGCAUGUGAAGCUUCAACCUUGAUUACUGCAUCUAAUCGGCUGCCAAAGUGAGCGGCUCAGUGUGCUAGUGGGUCUGGCUGCAGGACUGUGAGGAGGAAUCCCCUGUUCUGUUCAAUGGGACAGAGGAUAAAAGCAGUGAUGGAGCAGGAGAGAACAAACAGUGAGAUGUAACUAAAGAAACAGUACCUGAUGUUCUGCAUGUUUGCUCUGUUUUUUUCUGUCACCUCACCCAAGGCUGGGCAGAUUAAAAAAAUGAAAAUUGGAAAGGAGUCUCAUAAUCCUCCCCAAAAAACGAGUCAGAUCUGAGUACAGAGGUACAACAGUUAGCUCAGCUAGACUUGUCAGUGACAAUUUUUGUCUUUUCCCUGAGGUUGCCUGAUUCCUGCCUUUCUAUACAAACAGUGCUCUCUUCAUGUUUUAGUUUUAAUCGUGGACUAAUGUUGAGUUUCUUUGAUUGACAGACCUGUUUUUACUGUGAAAUUGUGAAAUAGCUCCCAACGCCUGCUGACUGGAAGUGGUGGCAAAAAAAAGGAUUCGGGGAAAAGUACUACAGAGGAUUAAGCUAAAUAUAAUUACUGCUAAAAAUAAUUCUGGAGGAAUAGGAGAGAGAUAACAGGAAACAUGAGAAAACCAUGAAAGAAAACACUGCAUAAUGUAUGACCAGACACAAAACUUUCAUUUAAAACGGUUUCUUUUACGGAUUUCUGUUUCCUAAUGUCUAAGGUGACCAUUUACCAUUUACUGGAAAACAGUAUGAUUAAUAAGACAGUUUGUUAUUUUGAUAUCCUGUUUUUCCUUAAUGAUCCGAAACAAAUAAAAAAAAUAAAUAGAUUUAAUAUCACAUAAGAAAACUCAUCGCAGAAGUCAGAACAGAACUUUUAUCUUGUAAUGUGAGAAACAGAAAUGAAAAUUAAUUUCUCUUUAAAGGUUGAAAAAGCAAACAAGAUCAUCAGCAUAUAUCCCACUGAGCAAUAGAUGGCUGUUAUCGCACAUCGCAAAAAAAGGUGACAUGAUGAUUUUCAGAGUGUUGCAAAAAUUAGACAAGCUAACACCACCACACUUUUUAGUUUUUUCAGGUGAAUGCCCUCAUGCUUGUGCUGGUCAGGUAAAUAUACAUGCAGAAGCUGGCACGGCUUAAAUACAACUAAUGCCGUGGUCAUCCAGGUGGUAGAACAUUGUAGCAUUGUGGCAGCAGCCAUUUAUAGAAGGGCAAAACUAACUUUGUGCAACAACUUAGACACUUAGACACAACUUCAUUUCAGACCUACAGAAAUAAACACCAAUCGACAAGUUAUUCUGGUGCCAAUUUGUGAAGGCGACAACAGUCAAUCAGGUACAUAACACGGGGAAAUGGAGGGAAAUAUACAAGUUUACAGAUGGGAACAUGUGAGCUGUUGGAUUCAUUAAACAGCUGUUGGCUCUGCAUCCCGACCACACCCCAGAGUUGCCAUGGAAUUUGGAUCUUGGCAGCACAGAUGUGUGUGUGUGCGUGCAUGUGUGUGUUUAAGUAGAGGUGUGCCAGGAUGACAUCAUACAGUAGCUUGCUGAAAAAGGUUCACUGCAGGCACAUCGCAUCUACAAUAUUUAUAGAGCCCCAGAACAGAUGAGCUCACUCAGUCACUCUGUGUGACUGGCUCUACUUCACACAGACACACACACAGGAACACAAAGUAAAACACAAGUAGCGGCGAAGAAGUCACUCACGUACUCGGUGCCACACCCACUCACACAAAUAUUUCUCUUUUAUUUUUUUUCUACACUCCAUGCUUGAAGAAUGCACUGCAUGAAAGCUGAACAUGAAGACGUCACAAUACAUGCAGCAAUUUUAAACACACAAUCAUGCAGCUUAAUUUUAGUUUAAAAAUAUAUGAGAAAGCACACACAGACACACACACACCUUAAGUUAAUAAAGUGCCUGUAUUAUCUGUGAAAAUGAGCAGCCUCUGUAUGAGUCAUAAAGAGAGGGAAUGGUACUUUGAAAGGGAUUAAACACACACUUUUCAACCUAACAGACAUAAUUUAGGCACAAACACACAAACAACAAAUGAUCUCAUUCCCCCCCAACCAUGUGCAUAUUACACACACACACACACACACACACACACACAGGAUUUAAAUCCUCAUAUCCCAAAAUAAACAAAUUCAUUUCUGGGUAGAGCAAAUACUGUACAGCAGUGCAACAGCAGAGGAGGAUUGAGAGCAUCCGCUGCAUUCAUGCAUGUGUGUGUGUGUGUGUGUGUGUGUGUGUGUGUGUGUGUGUGUGUGUGUGUGUGUGUAUGUGUGUGUGUGUGUGUGUGUGUGUUUGUGUGUGUGCAAGCCAGUAAAUAAGUGUGCAAGUCCAAGUUACAAAGAUGGAAAGCUCCAGUUAAAAGAAAAAUCACAUUUUAUAAAUAAAUCAUCCCUGGCCUUGGGAUGAAUACACACACACACACACACACACACACACACACACACACACACACUCACACACACACACACAGAAACACACACGAGGCUGCAAUUCUCCAUACCAUGACCACCAUAGUACAGACCAGAUUGAACGAAAUCGUUUCUUUAGAGCUGUGACCUGCCUUUGUGUACAUGUGUAAGCUUGUGUGUACGUGCACGUGUGUGUGGUCAUGCUUCUAGGGCCGCGCCUUGUCAUGUCCAGAACUAAUCAGUUGCAAACAUCACCUUAGUUACAAACCGUUUAACUCAGAAAUUUUGAGGUUUUUUUGCUGUCUUAUUCUAAUUCUAACAAGUUUGAUUGCAGACAUAUGUGUGUUUGUGUUUGUGAUGCUACUUUUUGUUGAGUGCAACUUUUUUAAUACUCGUGUAAGGUCCCUUAUGAUUCACAUAUUGCUAGAAAAAAAGCUUGUAUCUCAAUAUUAAAACCUACUUUAUUGUUUGAUUAUGUGCAUCUGAAUAUAUAAAUAUCCAACCCUGGAGAAAGUGACCAGUGCGUCAUUUCUGCGUGUGUGUAGGUAUGCGUAAUAAAAAAGUUGAAUAUUUUAGGAUCCUGUGUGAGAAAAGGUCUCUUCGUGCUCACAUUUCUCAGUGCUCCUCUCUCUGUCUCACUGGCUCUUUUCUCCUCCCACCACCAUCAUACUCUGACACUCCCAGAGGCUACAGUGGUGAAUGAGCAGUUUUAUAUUAAGUUUCACUGUCUGGGAGAGGAUUUAAAAUAAGGGAGAACCCUCAGAAGAAUCAAUGAGUGAUAAAGUUGCUGUGGGCAGAUGGCUGGACAUGAAUUCAAACACAGAAAGAAAUGGGGUCAUACAGGUUAUAUAGCACCAAAGGCUAACCAGCUGUACCAGACUAGGCCUUUAUGACCGGAUGAGCAGGUAUAAGGAGGGGAAAUAAGGUUUUUCCAGAGAAAGGAAACCUUUUAAGGAAACAUUUGUGAAAUUCCUUCAUAGUUUUCGAAGAAAUGUGUGCCUUCUUUAAAAAUGUGGUGAUACUUCAGUGUAAAAUACAGCAGUUGCUGUUCGGUAAACAACAUUUUUUGAUUAAUUGUGCAGAUUAAGGUUCUAUGCUUUAAUCACUGAAUCAUUUAUUCCCCUUUUAUCUUUAAAAACACAGCUUAAUAUGCACAGUUUUUACUCUUCUAAGUCUAAUUUGUCUACUUUUAGAUCUCCUUACUUUUUUAAUUCCAGUAGUGAACUAACUAACUAACUUAGCUUCCUUUCUAACGAAAAAGUUACAUUUGUUGUGUAUAGGCUUGUUUUUUCUCACCAGUAUUGGUUUUAAAUCUUUCUUUUUCUCCCUGGGUUUUGACAAAAGAUCAACAGAUCGUAUUUUUCUGCCUUUGAAAAACUUGAUACUUAUAUUUUUAUAUUAACUCUAUGUUAAAGAUAAUCUCAGAGGACUACAUGGGCGUAAUGGAUGUUAGAUACAAUUAAAUGUAUAAUUAAAUGCACAUUUUACUCAUUUUCUGGAUAAAGAUGAUGUAAAUGUUGUUUCAAGGUCAGUUUUAGAGCAUAAACUAUGAGCCUUGCACGGUCCAUGAGGAAUGCAGUCCACUUGUAGCCCAGUUAGGAUGUAUGAACUACAAAGAUGGAGGUAAAAGAGAACAAUGUCUGGCCAGAGUAGUGUAAAGGAAGCAUUUCCUAAUGCAUUUGAGCAUCAGUAUCUUAUUUUAUCUUUUUUUUUUCAGUUUGUUCCCGAAAAAAUUAUGACAACUAUUUUUUAAAGGGAGGAUUGUGGAUGAUGCCCAACGAUCUAUGGUUGCCCAUCCAUUUUCCGCUCUCUCUCUCUAUUUCUUUGGGAGGUGAAAUCCCAGAAGCCCCUGAAGGUGAUGUCUUUAAUAAUGGCACAAAUGUUGCUUGGACUCAAAGAUGAGCUGUGUAGGUGGUCAGAGGUCAAGAUCAACAAACAAACAAAUAUGGACGAAUCAAUUUCAAAUAUCUGGAAGGAUGAUGAAAUGAUAAAAAGAUGGAUUUUUUUUUUCUGAGGGGUCAAAGGUCAACUUCCCCAUGACAUCAUGAUGUCUUUGAUAAACGCCUUUCUGACCAUUAACAGGGUCUCAGUCUUGUGAAUGUAAUACCACAGCAGUGCCUGGAAGGUACAGUAUAUCUUCAUCUACACAUGUCCUUGGACUCAUCAGUUUUGGUGUUUAAAGGUCAGAGUCCUUGUGAAUUCACAUCCAUCCCAUUCUCACCAACAUGUUAUCCCAGCAACUCCAGAGGAAAUCUAUAACAACUGGUUUUCAAUUCUCUUUACAAAAGAAAAGAAAAGUUUGAUUUAUUUGUGCCUCCACAUCCUGUCCCCCAGAGUGGAUUUGUUUUUCUUGCUGCCUUGAGAAAGACCCACUCAUGAUUUAAUGAAGAGACAAAAAGACAUAGAUGUUCUUAAGUGUUAUGUCUCCAGUUUAAAUUUUUGUGUUACAGGUUCAUCUUUUUUAUGCAGGCCCUUUUAUGAUGCAUAUGAUUGUUAAGUUCUUUGUUUCAAUAUUAUGUCUUUUUCUGAACAGCUUCUGUAUGGAGACUUGUCCUCUGUUGCAUUGAAAUUCUGCAGAGUUCAGAAAGUUUUCUUAUGGAUAACACAGGGAACAUUUUUCCUGCACUCAGUCCCACACUGCAUGUUGUUUUCCAUGUGUUUUCAGCUGAAGAAGGGCAGUUUGAAGGACAGGACAGCAGUGGGACGCCUCACCUUUAGGCACAGUCAGACCUGCCUGUUGUGUCUCUGUCAUUACAGUUACUGUAGACCUACUGUAGAUACACACACUUACACACUCUCACACACUGUGGUGUAGAGUUACAUCCUGCCACUGCAGUUUGCACUCUGUGAAGGGCAAGAGCAGCGUUCCCAAUCUCAGCACACACACACACACGCCUAACACCUCAGCUCCUCAUUACUCUCAGCCGUUUUUAGCUCCAGGAAGGAUUGGGAAGAGAAGAGAUUAUUGAAAAUUAUGCUGGAUGUACCCUCAGAGCAGUUUAUUUACUCAGAGUAUGUAGAUUAAUAUUAAUGCUGCCGUGUUUGAUUCAUCUUCUGCUUUCCUCCAGAAACACGAUACACUUUCAUCUGCAAAGCAGAGCAGCUGGGACGGACCGAGUGUGUGUGUGUGUGUGUGUGUGUGUGUGUGUGUGUGUUUGUGUGGACUCUGGAGAAUAUGUGUGUUAGUUUGUGUGUUUUUGGUAAAGGAAGCAUUGCUUUUGUUUAUAGCAGGGGUGUUAUCAGUAAGACUUGACCAGAACAGAAUUUGGUUAAGCUGUGUUUUUAUGUAGACUUAAACUCUUUCUUUGGAGUAAACAUCUCAUGAUUAACAUAUUUUUGAUGAAGUUGAAAGAGCUGUAUAUAUUUACAUAGAGAGGGAGGGAAACCACUAGUUUUAAGCCGCAUGCAGACUCAAAUAUGAGCACACACAGUAACUGCUGUGAUGUGGCCGCCAUAAACCUCCUUUUGGGCUGUAUAGGAGCUGGAUGAGGACACAAAUAAAGAUAGAGGAAGCAGGAGAGAGAGACAGAGCUGACACAGGUCCUUUAAACAGGAGGGCCAGGAGGGAGGAGGUGACAAAGGAGACAGAAAAAAAACAACAAAGAGAACAGGAGUACAAGGAGGAUCAAGAGGAUGAGGAGAUGAGGAAGGAGUUGACCUCGAAGGACAGAUACAUGAUACAUGAUAUAUUUUCAGCAUGAAGGCCUAAUUUCCUAGUUUUACUCUGUCUGCUCUGAAGUACAAAUGUACAUUAUUUUCCCCUGGAUUUUGCCUUGCAGGCUAACUCAAAAAGUUAUGACUUCACAUACCUACAAAGACUGAAAAGUCUAGUGACCUUCUGAAUCUGCCUCUCGCUAUUAAUAUUUCAUUUUUUAAUGAAAUGUCUUUCUGAUAUGUGGGUUGUUUAAAAUUUGUUCCUACCUUGUCUAGGGACCAAAUACACAUCCCUGUGGUGCUAAUGCCUUUACUUAUGAUAGUGAGCCUCAUAUAUAUGCUUGCAUAGGAUUGUUAUUUAAAGGGAUAUUUUGGCGUAAAAUUAAAUUAGGGUCAAACGUUCCGUAAAACUGAGUGAGACACCCCAUCGAGAGAUAAUUGAUGCCAACCGCUUGCUUCUCUAGUUUUACCAGCUUUAGUAACGACCGCACGAUAGCAAUACAGAGAGCCACGCACUCAACCAAAAAGCCACUCUUUCUUCAUGGAAAUGCAAUGAGACAGAGACGCGAAGGCAGAAGAACUAUCACGUCUGCAGUGGAAAAUGAUUGAUAUGAUGAUUUUUACUUAAAGGAAAUGAUAAAGUAAUGAUCAUGAAUGUUUGUCCUUGAGCUGCGUCACCCCGCUGCAGUCGAUGGACUCACCUGGAGGCCUUCGUACAAACAAGCGGCUGCUGGAAGAGAGUGGGUGAGUUGUGUUUAGUCUCUUCACUAAUGAAAUUAGGCAAAGCUAAAAAGAUGUUUGGUGGCUAAUGCUGUGGCUGGGACCUUAUUUGUAAGCUUUCUGAGCAUUAUUUGUGGCUAUAGAGUGGCUUUUUGGUUGAGCGCAUGGCUCUCUGUAUUGCUAUCUGCGGUCGUUACUAAAGUUGGUAUAACUAGAGAAGCAAGUGGUCGGCAACAUUCAUCUCUCGACGGUGUGUCUAAUUGGAUGUAACUGUGUAUUUGACCCUAACUUAAUUUUACACCAGAAUAUCCCUUUAAGCUUUUGUUGUAAGACUUGCUAACAGGUUCCUCAACCUUAUCAAGCAUAAAUGCUAAAAAAAAAAAAAAAAGCAGUUUUCAGCUGCUCAAAUGAGAGAUUUCAGGCUUUUCUAGGUCAGUGAGAGUAAAAACAAAAAUGUUUUGAUCUGGUUCAACCAGCAUUCAACAAAAUCCAAAGAUGAACAAGCCUGUCAUAUCCUGGGUUCUGCUGAUGUUCUGUAGUAUAGUGCUUCCUAUCAAAGAUUGAGCUACUGAGCAACUUUGCUCAUGUGAGCAACAAUCCUAGGAGCAUUUCUUAAUGAAGGAUAUCAGUCUGUUUACAACACAGUUCCCCUGAAAUCUUUGGAAUCAAAACCUGCUUCCCAUACUCUGGCAAAAUAAACAGAGAGAUCAGUGUAGUUAUAUAAAGGGAUUCUGUACGAUCAGUUUUGCUCAGCUGGUGGGGCAGGUUCCCCAGAUACAGUACAGAGGCUUCAGUCCUCAGCGCACCAGCUGCUUGUUUGACUCCUGGCCUUUGCCCCUCCAUGCAUGUCUGCCCUGCUCACUCCUCACCACACUUCAGCUGUCCUAACAAAAAACUCUCUUCAGCUGUCCUAACAAAAUACCAAAAAUAAUAUUGAAUAAAAAGUCUUGUAAGUAAUAAUUUCAUUUGUUGUAUUCUUUUAUGUGUAUGGUAUUUUUAAAACAGAAACCAAUUCAAUUUGACUUAUGGAGGAAACAACUGUUUUCAUUAACAUGUUGUUUGUACUUCAGAUUAGGUUUCCUGGCAUCGCCCUCUUUACUGCACUCAAAAUACUGAGUGUGUAUGUGUGGAUUUAGCAGUGUUUGUGUACCAAAUGUGACAGUCGAGAUGGUGGGAUGGGGGGGUGCCCUCUGCUCCAUGUUAUGCUAUGAUGUAAAAUGGCUGCUCUCCGUCGAGGGAAGGUUCAGCUGAGAUUAGCAACGCUUGAGAAAAAGAUGAGAAGAGAGAGGAAGAGGAAAAAAGGAGGGGGGGAGAAAAAAGGAUGAGAGAGAGAGAGAGGCAGAAGUGGAUAGAGUGUGAAAGAAGUCAUUAAGAGUAGUUAGGCUGUAGCAUGCGGAGACAAAGGGAGAGGAGAAAAGUGGCUGUCAGAUAAAAACACACAGGCUUUUGACUUUUGUGAAUUCUGCUGCAGUAAAUGUUGCUUUGACUUUGUCAGGAUUUUAGUGAUGUUUCAUGGUGUUGUGCAUGUGCGCUUUGUGGCGUCUUUUUGGUGUUUGUGUGUUCAUUGUCUCAGAUAGUAAAUCCUGGCCCCUGCCUGAUACUACUGGCUCCUGCUGAUCACUGUAAACAGAUCUUACCAGUCUGUUUAACACUUUUUUCAUGGCCCUAAAUGUCUACAAGUAAAAUCUGUAAAAUACAUUUUGGACAACCUCUGGAUACUGUGAACUGGUGCAUCAUACUUUAAGGCUCGUUUUCAGCCUGUUAAACUCUCACUUUGUUUUGCACUAUUUGAUGUAAUACAUCAUGCUGCCAGUAGGGGUCUCAGUCUAACCAUUUACUCAGAUGACAGCAGUGACCAGUGUGUUUUAUCCUCUCUGGAUGUUAACUCUGAGGCUUCUCUGGGCUGCUUUUGUCUCACAGCAGAAGUCCCCACUACUCUAGUAUCUAAAUCAUUUUUAAUGUGUCGAGAACUUUCUGUCUGUCUCACUGAUUCCUGUAACAGCUCUGUCUCUCCUGUAAAUCCUGUUUCCUUGACAACCAGGUGACAGCAUACAGACGUGAGCCAUUUGCUUUUCUCUACAUUGUUGCACUGCCACUCCCUGUAUGAUGUUACAUUUCAACAUGUCUCCUGCUGACUGCAUAUAGAGCCGAACAAUCUGUGAGUGAGAGUCACGUUAGUGGUUGAGCCCAGAAACAGAGGGGUGAGGAUCAAUAACAUAAAGUCAGGAGAGAAAUGCAGAGUUACAUCUGGGAACCCAAUCGUUGGAUCAGAGAACAACAGAUUUUGAUGAUAAGCAAAUUAUUUCCACACAAUAUUUGAUUAACAAUGGUACAAAAAAAAAACAUAUCAAAUGUUGAAACUGCCGAGUUAAUUGUUUUUUUCAUCUGUUUGUUUGUUUUGAAAACUAAACAAUUAAAUGCCAGCAACAUAUUCAAAAAAGAUGGAACAGGGACAAGUGUGAAAAAGUCGAGAAAUGCUAAAAAUCACCUGAAGGAACAUGUCCCAACUAAUGUGAUUAAAUUAACAGGUUUAUUUAACCACAAUAAUUGGUCCUACACUCAAAAGAAGAGAAGGACAUUUUGGCUUGUUAUCAGUCCACAGUUUUAAAGCUAGCAUCUGAAAUGAGGAAAGCAUCAAUACCCAUUGCAUUUCAUGGUUUUCACUGUAAAUAUAGGUGCUACAUGGUCUGCAUGCACACAUAGUUACCUUUUCAUUUAAAUGUUACACUUUCACCAAUUUUUUUUUUUUUCCAAAAAAUCAAUUCUGUCUUAAAGAUGUUGGAGGUGUAAGAUGUAAAACAAAUGGCAAACUUAUAAUCAGUGUGUUCCUUCCAUAUAUUUUUUAACUAAAUUGUUUUCUCUAUAAAAAUUAAAAAAAACAUUUUUCCCCAAAAAAGAUUAAAAAAUGAGGUAAUCUUAAGAUCAUGGUUGUCUUGCAUCAAGACCAAUCCCACAUUAGACUGCACAUUAUUUAAAGAUCAAGAAGGCAUUUCAACAUGGCUGACUCACCAGCUUUGGUGCAUCUUUAAAGAAGUUAAAUCAGUAAUUAUUCAUCUAAAAAUUAAGUAAACAAGUUGUCUGUACCAAGUCGGGUGCUCUAGAUUUUGUCUUCCUGCUCUUAUUAUGAAUACAUUUCUGUUUUAUUAAGUACUCUGUGAUGUUAUUUCUGAUUGAGUGCUAUACACAAAGCUUCAAUAUCAUUAUUUGAACAAUAAGUUAUUUAUAAAGGGAUGAGUUCUUGUGUCAAUAUGAGUGCACAGACUCGAGGUUAACGACCAAGCUAAAAGAGACCCUCUAUCAGCAAGCUCACCAGAAAUGUUUUAACAGUGCAGCUAGGCUAAAAUCUAUACUUUAACUGCACUGUUAUACUAUUCAUUAAUGAAAGUUUUGUGACAAAGUAAAUAUUUUUUAUGGUAAUUUAUUUGUUUGUACAGAUUUAACAAAUUCAAAAGUGACCGCCUAACGUAGAGGCGGAUCAAAUUAGUAGUGUUGUCUUUAUUUCAUUCAGCUGCUCUUCAGAUUUGUGGCAAAGCUUGAGUGUGGCUUCACACCAACCGUAGGUUAAAAAUGAAGAGUCAAAUGACAUCCAUUGCUGUGCAGAUAAUACCAACAACAAAAAUAAAUUACACUUUCUAUUCUUCUGUGUACAGAAGCAUUGAGACUCCAGUCAAGUGCAUGCACUGUGAAAUCCUGCUGAGAGAGGAGGGACAAACCAGGCUCCCAUUUAUAAAUAGAAAGAAUCAGCACGCACAAUGUCACGCUGCAGGAAAAUGGGUCUCUUGAAAUAGUGUUGAGUAAGCAGUGACUGGAGUUCUUAUUAGGAGGAAAUAGAGCGUUUAAUUUCAUGCUAAUUCUUGGCAUUAGUUCCAAAUGGAACUUAAAGACUCCUGCUGAGUGCUUUAACUUCUGUUUACCUAUGUGUAUGUGUGUGUGUCUGCGCGCGCGUGUGUGUGCGUGCGCGUGUGAGCAAGAGUAGAGAACAGGUGGUGUUAGCCCCUGGCAGUCUUUGUGUUAACCCUGCCUCUUCUUUCCUCCAUCAGCUGACCCGGCUGUCUCCUCUUCCUCCUCCUCUCUGCAUCCUCAUCAUUUUGUCUCAUUCUCCUGUUCCCUCUGAUCAAAAUCAUCCCUCCAUCCCUGCUCUCUCCCCCCUAUUUUCUGCCUUUCCUUGUUUAUCCCUCUUCCUACUUUCUCUUUCUCUCUUGCUCCUCCUCAUCCUCGCUGUCUCUUGUCCCUGGCUGUAGUUAGAACAGGCUGACUAGCAAAGUGCUGUGUGUCCCAGCGGAGGGCAGAGGGAGCAGCACAGGAAUCUCUACCACACUCGGAGGAAACAAGACCUCCUUUUUUUAUCUCCUUCUUCCUACCCUGUCUCUCUCUUUUUGUAUGGGGGGUCUGUUUGAGGGAUUUGAUAUGUAUAGUCUUCACCAUGAACCCAACAGUGAAGAUCCACCUUCAGAAUGGGACCCACUUUAACACCUACAUGUACCAGGUAGGGACUCAGCGGCAGUACAGUGUGCGGAUGUUACUGUCUCCGGCUCAAAUAUCUCUCUCCCUCUUUCUCUCCCUCUCUGUUCUCCACGUGUCCUUGCCUCAGUAUUGAUUUCAGUGCUGAUGACUCUUUUCUAGGACUGAGAAAUGGCCUCCUCUCCUCCUUCUCCACCUACUCUUCCCCUUCUCCUCCUUCUGCCAAACCUCAAUCAAACUGCGAAGAAUGAUUAAUGUGCAUUGACUUCAUAUUGGUUAAAAAACUGUAGCCACAAAUCUUCCACUAAAGCUGUCCACUGGUCAAGUCGGAUGUUCAAACACCCAUUAGUUCAAGCAAAUAUGAAGAGAUGAGGAUCUGACAUGCACUGAUUGAGGAUUCUCUCUUACUGCUGCAUGCGCAUGUCUUGGGGUAUGUUUAUAACAGUAAGCAUGCAAGAGACAGCAUCAACUGAUGCAUGGCAAAAUCUCUUUAUGUUUGUCCUCUUAUCCUAGCUGCAGAAAUAUUCUCCCUUAUACUCCCUUACUUUCCCUCUUCUUCUUCUUCUUCUUCUUCUUCUUCUUCUUCUUCUUCUUCUUCUUCUUCUUCUUCUUCUUCUUCUUCUUCUUCUUCUUCUUCUUCUUCUUCUUCUUCUUCUUCUUCUUCUUCUUCUUCUUCGUCUCUCUCUGUGCCGCUGUCGGUUUUGUUUUGCUUUAAUAAAGAAUACUUUGAUGCAUGAAUGGAUGCUAUUUUAGGCGAAGGCCUUUAAAGAGCACAGAGACAGGGGAUGUUAGGAAUCUUGCACGGGUUUGGCACCUUUGUUUGAUGAGCCGUAACAAGAGAUGUUUCACAAAAAAGAGAUGGCGUGUCAGAUAUGCACAGUUCAAUAGCGGGAAAAACUUUGCUGUGUGGAUAAACUUUUUAGUCUUUAACUGGAGAAUUUAGGCCCUGUGAAAUAUAUUUGUCUAUGUGGAUUCUGGCACCCCCUGGGGACAAAACAGGACAUAAUUGCCAAUCUUGGCCUGCACGUGUGGUAGUUUUGUUUUUGUUUCGUUUUUUUUUUUUUUUUUGCCAAAAAAUGUUUACUGUGCUGGUUUCCAACAGUCGAACCCAUUACUAGCCUGUUGCUCUGUCACACAUCCUUUAUCCAGCAAACUUUUCUGAUAGAGGUGUUGAUUUGGGGGUUUCAGGGGGUAGGGCAUGACAUUAAAAGAUCCGACACUGUUGAAUCUGUUAGAUUCUAACUUUUUUGCAUUUUUAUCAGUGCUGCUGAUAAGCACAAAAAUGUAUAAAGUAGCUUCAGUCUUCACAAGAGGAUCAAAACCAGUGAUGCCUUUAUCAGCAUUAUUUCCAUCCACUCGCUAUAGUACAGCUAUACUCCCCUAUUACCUUAUGUUUUUACACAUUGGCUCAUUUUGACGUCUUUCUGGAAUUUUACCUGUGAGCUGGUGGUUAAAAAUCAUGGAAAAUCUGACAUGUUCACACAUGCAGCCCAUCCCAAAAUUUUGGUGCCUGUGUGAGAACAGCUAUUCUCUUUGAAACUUUGUGGUGGAAAAGGGAAAACAAAGGCCAUCUCCGCUGUGUGCUGUAGCCUACUUCACAUGUUAUCUACCUGGUUGCCGUGGUUUAACGCAUUAAAAUCAUAAUUUUAUUUUUUUGCUGGUGUUCUUGUUUGCAUAGUAGGUUAUGUGAAGGCAUUUUGAGUGUUUUAUAACUGAGGAAAAACUUCUCACAGGUGCUUUAAAUGACUUGAGGAUAGUGAUACUUUUGAAGAGCUUUUGUCCUUGUUUACAGUUAAGUUCAUUUGAAUUUCUAAAGAGUGAUAAAAACAUCAUGGGAGGCCGCUGAUUUUGGAAUAUAACAUUUCCCUUUUCAGAUUGAUUCUGAAUUUCUACACCAAAAAUGUUCUUCCUGUUGUGUAUGAAGUGUUCCAGGAAUGAGUCCAGAGCUGACAUCUCAAUGAAUCUUGGCAUCAAAAUAAAAAUUAAAAAAACCUUGAAGAGACACUUCCUGGACUCAAACAUAUGUAGGUCUUUGGAUAAAUGGAGUCUGGACAAGAAAUAGGAAAAUCUUCGAGGUACUCUCUUUUCAAACAACUUUAUUGUAAUGACAUGGUCGUGUAGACUUCAGUACAAAUUGCUACACAUUUCAGCAUGAGACCUUGAUCAGUUUGACCUUUCUGGCAUUAUCUCCAGUGGGCUUCCGAUCUUCUCAUGAAUCUAAAUGAUCGCGCUGAUGCUGUACUUUGCUGCCUCAGCUUUGAAGGAACAUUAAAAAGUGACCUUGUCGCAUAUCUUGUUCGCUUCGGAAACGUACACGUGCAUCAGAGAGCGCAUUUCUGAUCAGAUGUUCAUGCAGAUUUUGUACCUCCCUCAAAAACUUUUCUUCCCUGAUGAAAGUGUUGCCUGGGCAACUGCCACAACAUGCAUGGUGUUGCCAUGGCAAAAUAUUACUCAUUAUCUACUUGGGAACAACACCUAGGCAAGGUGUUGUUGCAGUGCUAGUGUGUGUGUGUGUGUGUGUGUGUGUGUGUGUGUGUGUGUGUGUGUGUGUGUGUGUGUGUGUGUGUGUGUGUGUGUGUGUGUGUGUGUGUGUUGACAAAGAUUGUCAGAGGAAGGUCGAGUCCACCUCUCCCUGCUGUUCAUCCCCCCUCUAUGCAGUGGUGAAGAGUUACAGAGCGCUGAUAUCUGAGUCUCCCCAGGGACUCACUCAUUCUCUGGUCCCAGACUCUGCAUUCAUUUCCAGCGUGGCACUCCUAAGUGAAUUACGGCGAUUUACAUCAGAGUUAAUUUAGUGUCUUUUGGAGCGCGCAGAGUGGAAGAAGCUCAGUCAUUAUAAACGAUCACUGAUGAGGUGACUCCCUAGUCUCUGCUUCUGCACAGCCUAUGGUCAUAUCUGUAGGUUUGCUGUUUCACCCUCUUGUGUUCAGUGAUUCUUAGCUUGCAUUUACUCUACAGAACAAAAUUCCCAUACAAUCAUGCCUACUGUCUAAAUUGGUAGCUGGUUUGUAUUUAUAACACAACUUUUUUUUUUAAAGAUUUUUGAGCUUUACUUCAGUUUUCAGUCCAGACUCUUUGACUGAUGUACUCCUAUUGGAUCUAUGACUUUUAUUUGUGCAUACAUACUAAGGAAAGAGUCAAUAUGCAAAACUCCCAACUCAUCUGUAUUUACGAAUUUGGAAACACAUUAUGUGCGAAGUCAGCCCUGAGCCCUGUUAGGGAGACCUAUUAACACUAUGGGUGUCCCGAUCCGAUAUUGAUAUUGGAAAUAGGUCCAAUAUCAAAUUAUAUCGGCCUGCAUCUGAAAUCAAGGAGUGGAGUGAUGUCAGCCGUUUGGCAGUAUUUUCUGAAAAAUACUAAAGUCUGAAAAAGUUGUUGCAGCUGAGUCACUCGUCAUGCACAAGUUUGUGCUAGCAUCAGAUCAAUAUUGGUAUCGGCCAAAACUGAAGGCUACAAUAUCGGUAUCAAUACCAAGGUCGACCAAGUAAAGAAGUUGUAUCGGGACACCCCUAAUUAGCACCCAUGUUAAAGUGACUACUUUCACAGCAAAAUGAAUCAUGUUGAUUCAUUUAAUAAAUCUGAUUAAAAAAAAUUAAAAAACCAACCAUGCUUUUAUCUAAAUAACUCAUUUCUUUGCUCGCAAACUCUGUGUUAUUCCGAGUCAUUGUCUUGAAGUGCAAGUGUCAGUGCUCUUCUCUUAUCACCACUCUUGUUGUGUUCAUAUCAAAUGUUCUGGCACCUACAUUAGCGGGAAGUAGCAUCCUCUGGUCAUGACUCAAGACCAGAGGAUGCUACUUGCCACUUGAGAAUUGAGACGCAAAAGUGCUAAAAACUGCAGUGUCCCAAGUAACCGUUUAAGGCUGGCUGGAGAAGCACUGGAAACUGUGUACACACAUAGACAAAAAAAGCCUGUUUUUAAAGCGAAAAUCAUCUUGCUGACAGCCCCAUUUAAAAGGCAAUGUUGUGUGUGGAAACACUGCUUCAUAGACAAAUGGCUGAUAUCACCAAUGCUACGCCUAUUGAGUCUGUUGGUCUAAAGCUGAGAAGAUGUGGUCAGGCUCACAGGUGACAUGUUUUUAUCCUGAGGAGGCAGAAUGCAUUGGCCAUAGACCAACAAAAACCAAAGUCAUUUUGAGACACUCAAACUCUACUUUCCUGCUAUUAAUUUCAAAGGGCUCAUUAGUUUGACAGUUUGACUAGUUCCUUUGCUUUCCUUUGCUUUUUGUAAAAUAGUAUUUUUGUGAUAUAGAGAAAUUCAGUUUUUGUUUGGACAGGAGGCUUGGCAACAAGAGUAUCUUUUCUCUUCUUCAUCACAUUACAGCUUACAGUAUGGGGCUGAUCUAGGGACACCACAAGUUGAGGAACUGUCCCUGCUUUUUCCUCUUUGGUGGGAACUUUCUGAAACACAAACAGAAACAACACAAACAAAAAAAACAUUCACUGAGCCUAAGUGAAGCCCUUUCAGGUCAGCAUUGCAUGCUAUACACUUUUGAGUAUCUGACCAAAGAGAUCUCAAUGUACAAACAUCCUCAUGGAGGGAUGUGUAAGAUCACAGUGUUUCUUUGAUCAUGAGCAUCUCCGGGUUAACACAUUUUGAGGUGUUUGAAUGUGUUCAAUUCUAUGUUUAUUGUCUGUUUUUCCCUGCUUAGGCACAAACUUAGUCACUGAACCAGAAACAGUGCUUUAUAUUAAUGUUCUUGAGCUUUGGCUGACAUCAAUUUAUCCCCUUUUUGGCCUCAGUGUGCUGUCUCAUUACUCUUCUCACACAUAGCAGAUAAUAUAGAGGUAAUUUGUUUCUCUGUGCAUUUAUAUUGUACAGGCAUUAUUUUUACAUAUACCUGUACUCUUUGGUACAACCUUGGUGUUGCCUCCAGAUGGAGGGUAGUGAUAUUGAAGUGUGUGCACUCAGCUUGCUUUUUCUUUAGCUACUUGUGUAAAUCACUUCCAGUUUUCUACCCAAACGACCUUCAGCAACCUGCUGAGGACAAACUGUGGACUUAAUCUGUUUUAGUCAGAGUUGAACUACAAGUUGUGAGAGCAGUAAUGAUAGCAAUUCUGUGGAAAGGGAGUGAAAAAAGUAAACUGUGUAUUUAAAGCACAAAAGACUGCCUGACUAGAAAAACAGCAGUUUAAACUUUAAAAGUGAAGAUAUUGUGCAAACACCAAAAUUAGCACAGGACUGUACUAUCACCCAGCAGUUUGAUGCAGGCAUUGACAGUACAACAAAGGUAAAUGUUAUGUCACCACCUAGUUUGACAUUUUUUAGCACUACUUUAGACAAGAGGGUGGGCACGUGUUGCUUUGACUCUCCUGGUAGUGAAGAAUUCACUCUGAGUGGGACUGUAAUUGACUAUUUAGCAUCGGCUAACAGAGUUAGACCAGAUCAAACUUUUGGACUGCACAAAGGGUGUCAAAAUUAAUGCAAAUCAGAUAUUCUUACAGGAGCUUUGGAUUGGAGUGGGCUGUGUGAACAAUAUUUUUGUAUUUUAAGGAAUACUUCACUCAGUUUUCAUCGACUUACAGAACUAACUUUUUAUAGCGAUUGUUUCUGAUGCAGUCUUUUUAUCUAGUUGUUUAAAAAAAAAAGCUUUAUUUGAUGAGUAAUUUGAUAGAGAUUGAUGCAUUUUUGAGAGGAAAGAGAUGAGCCUUAGCGCACAACACAGUCUGUCACAAACAAGCAGAUAAACAUGUCGGGAACAACCGCACGUCUCCAAAAAUGGGUCCAAAUUGAAGUAUGACUACACACAAAGUAUUGUAAAGUGGUCCAUUAUUUAUUGUUUGAUAUCUGGGCUCAUUUGGAGUUGAAUUUGAGAAGAUCCAAACUCAGGUCCUCAGAAUAGUCAAACUGUUACUUCUUCUGAUGCACUUUUGAAGAGAAAUAACAAACAGGAAGGUACUUUGGUUAACAGUACACAAACGCCUAGUUUACUGAUGAUGUGAAUAUGCAGGAUCAUGUGAGAGCUGAUGGACAAGAGAAAAGAAAGAGCUCAGGUGUGUGAUGGAGCUCCGCUCUCCAAAGUGCUGACCUCUCUCUCUCAAACACACACAAACAAACACACACCUACACACACACACACACACACUUGUCCAGAGGGAUAAACACACUCACAGCAAACCUUAUAUGUAUUUUUCUGAUUGCAUGUGUGCGUGUUUGUGUGGGAGACAUUUUUUUUUUUUACCCGACUGCACUCCAAUCUCUCUCCCUUCUUGCCACUCUGUUCACACACACACACAUGGAAUUUUUUUCAUCCUCUAAUCCCAAACUGCUUAAGGAAGCGAAGGGGAGAAAUCCCUUUACAAUGUCUGGGCUCAGCAGUGUUUGGUAACUGCUCACACUGCCUCACGUUGUGGUUGGAGGCAGAGGAAUGCUGCUCGCUCUUCCAGACACCCUAUCAGCUCCGUGUGAUAUGCUCUCCGACAGAUGUUGAAGCUGUGUUGUCAGAGUGCUGCUUCUGUAUUUGACAGUUGUGUGAAGUUGAAUACACAUCCCGGGAUUUUUUUUUAUUUCUUUUAUUUUUAAAGCUCACAUGUUUUUUGGGAAGGAGGGUAGGAUUGCAUGGUGCACGGUAACACCAUGUGUGUUUUUUCAGCGUGUGUGUGAGAGAAGAGAACAAAAGCAAAAACUGCCAGAGGGAAGAAAUUACACAAACCUUCAAGAGAAAUUAAAGAGAAGUUUUUUUUUGUCAAGACAGUGAUGUGUUAUAUUUAAUAAAUCACACUUGUCUGUUAUAUAAUGCUCCUAACAGAGCUUAUGUGCUCAUGCCUUUAUCUAUUCUUAGUUAUUUGUCAGAGCAUCUUUCUCACAUUUGUUUCUGCUGCGAAGAGGCAGGUAGAGCAGAGAUGCAGAGAGCUCCUGAGAGGCAAAGGGAUGAGAGGAUGAGGGGGUCUGUCAAGCUUUUCUGCCAUGAUUGAAAGAGACAGCGAACUUUAACAUCUGUUGGUGGAUUUAGGCUGAGCUCAUGUCUGUUGGUGCCCCUGUGGAAUAUAGGAAAGCAAAAUGAACAAGCUGACCCAAUUUCCCCCCCACCCCCACCCUUUUCUGUCAAUAAAAUCCCCCCCUGCAUAAAAUUCGACAUAAUUGUAUAAGAGUUUGUGUGAAUCUGAGAGUGUAAGUAUAUGUAUGUGUCAGAGCCCUCCCCCACAGUUUCCUCCACCCUGGUAUUACUGACUUCAACCCUGCUCCUGUGUUAGGGUCUGCACCAACCCAUUUUUUUAUUUUAAAUGCUUAAAAGAACCACAUAAAUUAGCUUUUUUGCAUAGAGACUUUUUUGACUUUGUCAGGAACCUUUAUUUCAACUAAAUAAAAUAAAAAAAAUUAAAUUGACUAAAUUAAAAAAAUGCUCUUAUAGAAUUAUGGCACUUGUCAUGUAAGGGUCGCUGUUGAAGUGGUUAGAUCAAUAUCUAAUAAUCAAAGCAAAAACUGAAACCAUAAGUGCACUUUCAGGCACCACACUGACAGUCAGAUCCUCUUCCAGUCAUGUGAGAUUUAGGAAAUUCUCAUUUUUCCAUGUUAUUCCCUGCACAAAAAACAGCCUUGGGCAUGUCCAGACAUGUGAGAUCAGUUCAGUAUGGAUGUCUGUGUGAGUAUAAGCAAUAUUUUCAUGGAUAAAGAAGCCUAACAGGGUAACCUAGAGAUGAGAACCAAACUGGAAGAUAGAUAAUUGUUUGUAGUGUAAUUUACAGCUGAUUUAAAACAUGGGUCAAAACCGACCCUUAACAUGGUGGAUGCGUAGUAAAAGCUAACACAGGAGGAAAGUAAACUCACAGCACAGGUUUAUAGUCCAACCUAAACUGCUCAUACCUGCCAUCUCCAUCUAUGGGCUAAAACAGGUGUUAUGUGCGUUAACAGGUGUACUGAUGUGCUAGCAUUUUCUACCAGGCCUCACAUAUAAAGCUCCACUUAUAUUGUUUGUUCUCGUCAUGAAAAAUUUACAGGAUUUAACUUUGAAGGAGCGCAGUGUGGGGUCUUCAUGGAGAAGAGUGAGAACAAAGUGCUGUGUCAUGGCUGCAGAGAGAAACAGGACUUAAAAAAUGUAUCUGCGUGCGUGUGUGCGUGCGUGCGUGUGUGUGUGUGUGUGUGUGUCAAGUCUGAGACAAGCGGAGAGAGCAUAAGCCUCUGGGUUAUGCUUACAGAAAAUGCCAGCAAAGCACCCAAAGAUGAUAAAACAACAAGCACACACUCAAACAGACUGUCACGCAGAUAUACACAUACACACACAGAUGCACACACUUUGGUAAACAAACAUCCGCCCAAUCUCUGCUCCAGUAUGAUCGAACUGUAAAAAAUAUUUUAAAAAAGAAACCUAAAGCAGAAUCCAUAUGAGUCACUGCUGGUUUUCUGUUGUUUACUUGAACAGCUGCACAUGGAUUAAGUAAAAGCUUGAAGUUCAGAAAAACACCCGGAUGAUAAAAUGGACUUCCCAGAACUGCAAGAUAGAUUAUUAUUGCAAAAAGGACCAAAGCAGGGACUGGCCUUUACUUUUCUACUGAUCUGAGUCAACUUGUGGGAUGAUGAUUUGUAUGAGCGUGGACUCAUGGAGAAUUGUCAUCUCCUGAGCAGAGUGGGUGAUACAGAUCAGUUUUUUUUUUGUUUGUUUUUUUACAGUGAAAUCAUUUUAAUACUCUUAAUGAGUAUUUAUAAUGAUAUCUUGUUAAUGGCUAUAGGUCGGUUAGGAUGAUGAGUAGAUCUAACAUCUCCACAGACCUUUGACUGUUGUCACAGAACCGGGCCAUCCCGAUGUGAAAAACUGCUAGGUUGAAAAAAAGCCAUUAAAGUUUAUAUACUGUUAAAAGCAAACACGCAGCAGAAUAGUGUUGCAGUUCCACCACAGCGUUCUCCCAAACUAUUAAAGUUAAUGGAGCGGUCUCUUUACAGCUUCAAAAGAGCAUAAAAAAUCCAUCAAACUGUGCUGUUUGGUUGUCUGUAUUGCUGUGAAAUGUGCCAUUUCUAUCUUGAAGGCACAUUUGACUGUACAAACAGAAAUCCAUUGUUGUACAAAAAAAAUGACUGUCAUAUAUGUAGCAGAAGAGGCACAUUAAGGGUCCAAUAUAUUUACUUUUGAUAAGCUUAUCGAAAAAGAAUAAUAUUACGAGAAACGCAGAAAUGCAUCUCUUGUUAUCCUAAAAACAUGUCCGCAGGCUUCUGUCUUCACACUUAAGCUAGAGAUAAACAGUUAGUCUCAAAAUCCUUUUACAGCUUGUAUAAAGCUUACUUCUUCAAUAAACAGUAUGUGCCAAGAGAUGAGAAAAGUUUUGCUCCUGUAUUAGUGUCACUGGUAGGGGUGGGAGAAAAAACGGAUACCGCAUAGUAUCGUGAUAUUUUGUCUGGUGAUAUAUUGUAUCGUCUCAUUUUCCAAGUAUCGUUUUUUUAAAAUUAAUCACUAAUAUGAAGUCAAGUCUAUGAUAAUGGAAAGAAUAAAAUCAACUGUUUGUCCAAUGAGGUUGGCAGAGGUGACAUCAUAGGGCAGGAGAAAGUUAGUACAACAAAUAUAUAUAUAUAAGGUUUGCAAGUUGUGCUACAUUAAAACAAAAUACAGCAUAAGUAAGACAAACAUAAAGGAAAGUCAAAUGCUAAAUUAGCUGAACAGUUGAAAAAAUGAUAUAAAUCGCAACAUAUUGUAUCGCAAUACUCACUGUAUCGUAAAAUGUUAAAUGAUAUCGUAUCAUGGCCCGAGUAUUGUGAUAAUAUCAUAUCGCGGGGCCUCUAGUAAUUCCCACCCCUAGUUACUGGUUUUAGGUUCCCUAAACAACGGAGCCAUGAGAUUGACGCUCUCAUCCCUCAUAAUCGCCUUAGCAAGCUAAAAAGAACGCCACAGGAUCCUGUCAUUCGUUUUUGUAGUUUACUUCUAAAACCAAAAACAAAACAAUAAACUAGUACAGCAUGAGUAUAUAAACAUAUAAGUGCGCAACAUUCAAAAUAAGAGGAGAGUGAGUGAGCGAACGAGUGAGGUCAAAAAACUGUGUGGCUCCACUCCAUGAUGCCUGACGUACGGGUUAACUAUGCUCACAGAUAUCAAUACGCAUAGAACACUCUUUAUGCGAUUUUUAAACCUGUAAAUAUCCAUCCAUAUUUUUACGUUAAAUGAACUUAUCGACAUGAAUUAUCUUACUGUAAAUAAUAUAAAUAACUAGAAUUUACCACAAUUAACACAAAAAUACUUUAAUACAUAAACUUAAAUUAUCCAAAUAUUGAUGAACUCAAAAUAGGACCUAGGCUCCUACGCUGGUGGUGUAGCAUAAACAAAAAGCUGAAUAGCAUCUGAGUCUCUUUUGCUUUGUUUGAGUAGAAAAUGACUGAAAACUGCUUCAAAAACCAUUUUGACACACUGACUGAACCCCAACUAACCAUAAACCACUGCGGUCCAAUUUGAAGUUGCUCAUCAGAAUAUUUCUUCAAAUGCGGCAAUAAAGGACGUCUGAGAUGCUGCUAGAUCUUAAAAGCAUCAGUGAGAUGCUCAGCCAUCUGUCAACAACGAGUGUCAGGAAUGAACAUCAAUAAAGCAAACUGCUCUCAAGUGAAAUACACUUUUCUCACACAGCGAAUAAUUUACUCUGAAUAAUCAAUGAUCUAUUGUCUGUGUGAUGAUAAGAAGACUUUUAGUCAUCUCGAGGGUUGUCAGAAGAGUAAAAUGACUUGAUCUUAUUUGUUUCUUUGACAUGACGUAAAAUUAGUCAUAACAUUGUGAUUACAACAAUUUGUAAUGUUGUCUCUGCCAUCAAAAGAUAGGCUAUGACAAUCUUUUAACCCCGAAAAUGAAAAGAUUAACAUGUUCAUGCACUAUGGGUGUGUCUCAGGACAUCCCAAAGCCUUUAGUACCUUUUUAUUUUCACUGUUUUAUCCAAAAGGCUGCAAUGCCUUCAGACAAGCUCAUGCCUCUGUAAUUUAUUGUCUCCAGAGUCCCAGAGACAGGCACAGAGGUGGGCUGGAAAGCGUGCCUUAAGUUGUGUGCCUAUGUAGAUAAGAUAGCAGUUUUGGUCAAUUCCACCUGCUCAGACCACCUCUUAUCACACACCCACAGAGGAAACUCACACUGCAUCCUUUGGGGAGAAGCCAGCCAUAACUGACCUUUACAAAUGGCUGCUGGGACCUCACCUGCUGAAAUAAAAUCCCUCUUACAGCUACAAAAAUACAACUGCAAAGGAACAGUCAGCCACACCCACAUGUGUUUGCACCUUGAGACUGCGAGGUGUAAACACAUAAGGUGGAGGUUAUGAUAUUGUUUGGUGGUUGAGUGUUAACCUUUGUUUUGUGUGUGUUAUGUAGGAGUUUGCCACCCUGACGAAGGAGCUGAACAUAUGCCGGGAGCAGCUGCUGGAGAAAGAGGAGGAAAUAUCGGAGCUGAAAGCUGAAAGGAACAACACUAGGGUAUGCUUGUGUGUGUGUGUUUGUGUGUGAUGAUGAUGCUGAUGAAAAUAAACACUGUUUCUUGGCUUCAAAUUAGUAUUCUCUUUGGUGGCUCAUGUCAUCAUAUGUGUGUGUGUGUGUGCGCUGUAGCUGCUGUUGGAGCACCUGGAGUGUCUGGUGUCUCGUCACGAGCGCAGUCUGAGGAUGACAGUGGUGAAGAGACAGGCACCUCCACCAUCUGGAGUCUCAAGUGAGGUGGAGGUCCUCAAAGCCCUGAAGUCACUGUUUGAACACCACAAAGCUUUGGAUGAAAAGGUGGACGCACCAAAACACGCUCACACACAAUACUGAAGGGUGUGGUCUUGUCUUUGAAAUACAUGCAGUAGAAACAAUUGAUCUAGGCUGAAAUUCAUGCAUCAUGAUCUACUUUGUCAUUCAGUUUUAAGUUGAUUUCUCUUUGCCUUAAGUGUAAACAAAAUGCUUUUUUGUCCUCAUGUUCCCGAACUCUGACUUUCCGUGUGUCUGCUUUGGGUGUUUGUCAGGUACGUGAGAGGCUUCGGGUAGCUCUGGAGAGAGUUGCCACCCUGGAGGGACAGCUAGCUGCUACCACGCAAGAGGUGAGAUCUGAGAGUGUGCGUUUCAUUGUUGUUUUUGUGGCUGAUGAAAAGUUCAACAUGUGUGCGUCACCUUGCAGACAUAUGUAAAAGCCUUCAGUCUAAUCUGAUUUAUGUUUUGAAAUGUCAUGCUGGGUAUCGGGGUCUGUACUCUCACAAACCUCUGUUCAACACACACACAUUUAGGCACUUGUGCGUACUCAUACACAAACUUGUCUUCCUUUUUUAAAACAUAUCUAAAACAAACUAUCCGAGAGAUCAUGUUGUCUCAAGCACACUGGCAGCUGUACUUCAACAUUUCACUUUUGGAGGCUGAGUUUUGUUCUUGGAUUUCAUAUGAGAACAGAAAACGACAGUAAAUGUUUGAGUUAUGCAUAGCUUUUUCCUGUUUGAAUCUCUUGCAGUUAAACAUGGUGAGACAGAGGAAGGACAGUGACUCACUGGAGCGAACAGAUGGAUCCAAACCUACAUGGAAGGUCUUCCUUACUGUGUGAUUGUUCUUCUGCUCUGUGCUUCUUGUUUGUCCAUAGUUUCCUCUCUCUGACUAUAAACUGAUGUCUGUGUGUCUUAUUUCUGUCCUUUUUUUGACACCUUAACACACACACAAACUCACAUAUACUCCCCGAGGCUAAAUGUAACGUGAACCUUAGCUUCUCCUGUUAAUAUACAAACUCCCACUCUCUAUUUAAACCUUGUCCUCCAUAUUUUAAGGCCAGGCCUUAAACAAGCUCACAUUAUGUAACCGUGUCUGGGUCCAUCCACAGGGAGUAUAAAAAAACUCCCCUCGAUUAAACAAAAGAGUCUGUUUGUAUCUGGAUGGAAAUCAUCUUCCUCUGUGUGGGCAGACAGCCGAGGAGGAGCAGAGCGAGAUGCACUCACUUUGGUUUUUUAUUUCUUUGGCUUGCAAAAAGAAAGGAGGGAAAAAAAGCUAAAAGAAGUAUCAUGUACAGUCACUUGAUAAAGGGAAGGAUUUAACUCAGAAAAUCAAUAGCCGGGCAUUGAGAGGAGACGAGAAUGUGUCUAAAGACGCCUCUCAGAGAAUGAUGGAUAAAAGAUGAGGAGAAAAACAUCAGAGCAGGAGUCUUUGGAGAGAGGACAUGGUUGAGAUGUCAGUGUAAAGGGGUCCCAGUCUAAACCCCAUGAUGUUGCAUCCUUUUACGGACAUUUUGAUUUACUGCUUUUGUAAUAAAACCAAACCAAGACCCUUUUAAAGUCAUGUCGCUCUUCAUGACCACUCAUAGACUGUAUAUACUAAGGACAACUUGGUUCUGCCCUCCACCAGUAUACGGAUUUGAAGUCGAAAGCUCUCGGUAUUUCCACGAUUUUUCUCCACUUCCUGAAAUUAACAUUGCACGGUAGCGUUGUACGCAUUCAGCGAGAGAGUUGUGGAGAGUCGCUGUGAUGACGCUCAGCUCAAACAGCGUUCUUCGUACAAUCUUCGUACGCCCAUAGGCUGUAUCAAGUGUCAAUCAUAAAAAACACGAACCCCUUAAUAACUUUAAAAGAUUGAGAUGUACAGAAAAAAGAGGACUUGAGCACAAACCAGUCUUACUCAACAUCGCAACCAGGGGGAGAAGCAUUUAUAUUCUGUGUAAUAAAUUUCUAAAGUUUGUCUACAGCUCCAUAGAGAUUGCUGGAGGAAGCAGGUUUUAUGAUCUAUACUGCAGCCCGUCACCAGAGGGUGCUGUUCUCGGGGUGGCUUCACCCAGCGAGGAGGUAGACGCCGUCCAUUCUAUAUACAGUCUAUGUGACUGCUCUGUCGGUCAGAUGUGCAGUGCCAUUUGCAGUAAAUCUAUAAGGCUAAACUGGGGUCAUGUGUCUGGGUUAAUCCCAGGUGUGUUCUCGGAAACAGAUUCAGACCAUUUAGCCAAAUUUCCUGCUGUGUUUUUUCAGUCUCUGUUUAUAUUUCUGGAGGGUAUUCAUGAGAAGGCAAAAGUGGAACAUAAGGGAGGAAGAAAGGAGGGGGGAAUCCUUCUAACCUUGGCUGCCCACUGUGUUGUCUGUCUGAAUAUGUGUCCCUGUAGGUUUGUUUAAUUAAAGCCCUGGAAUAAACUGCACUUUAAGCUGUGAGGAGCAAAGCAACAACAUCAAAACAACAACAUGGCAGCCUAACCUCAGUCAACCCCCUCUCCCUCUCUUUUGCAGAACACUUUUUUUAUCUGGGUCAUCCAACUUUAUUAUUGCUACAACAACUCUCUCAUCUGUGUUAUUUCGAGUCUCUCCCGACAUAUGUUUCAUGUGAGAUCUGCUCACUCUGUUUGUCCUCCUUACAGAGACUACCUAACGGCUCUAUAGACGCACAUGAUGAUGGCAGCCGGGCCUCUGAGCUUCAGGACCUGCUGGAUCGGACCAACAAGGAGCUGGCGCAGAGUCGGGAGCACACGGCCACCCUCAACGCCCGUAUGGCCGAGCUGGAAGCUGAGCUCACGAACGCACGGAGAGAGCUGAGCCGCAGCGAGGAGCUGUCAAUCAAACAACAGAGGGAACAGAGAGAGGUGAGAGCAGAGGAAGUGUGCAGAUGUUUUCCAAGAAAGCACCGAGAACAGUUCAGUACAAAAUCCUGCAGCUUCACAAGUACAGGGACCAUAGAUUCAGAGCAGUAAGGGAAGUAUUGGGAUCAUAUUAAUUAAAGAUGCACCAAUCCUUUUUUUUUCUCGAUCCAAUCUGAUACUGAUACCCGGGCUGAGCGUAUCGGCUGAUAUCAAUAAGAAUCUAAUACUACUGUUGAAUGAAUGACCUGUAUACCUGUGAGUGAAGGCAUCAGGCUUGACAUUAGCCUUGUUAAAAAAAAAGGUAACAAAUGAACACAGAUAUAAAUUUACUUAAUAUUUUUUAUCAACAAAUAACAAAUUAACACAGAUAUAAAUUUACUUAAUAUUUUUUAUGAACAAAUAACAAAUUGCACAUUAGCACACAGCAAAAAGAAGUAAGACUUCCAUGUAUUAAAAGAAAAAUUAAUUUUAAAAAAAAAAUCAAAAAUAUCGGAUCAGUACAAUAUUGAUGUAUUUUUAUUUUGUCCCUUUGAGAAACUCUGUUUUUUACCCAUUAAAUGUAGUUCUCUCUCUUGGAUAGAAAAUGCACAAAAUAGCAGACAGCUAACACUGGCUCAAAGUAAAGUUAAAUAUACACAUAUACAGUAUUUUGCAUUGAAAGAUAAGAAGAACUUUAUUGAACCCCAAAGGGAAAUUCAAUAAGGGGUCUCUGUAGUUUAUUCAGGCAGAAAUAAAGCACAAAUUAGUCUUUUCACAUCGCCGUGCUCAUUUUUGGGACCUUUUCUCACAUUGUUUUCCUUUUGUUGUUGUGUCUCUAUCCGCAAAGAGAGAGGACAUGGAGGAGAGAAUAACAACUCUAGAGAAACGUUACCUGGCCGCUCAGCGGGAGACCACACACAUCCAUGACCUCAACGACAAACUGGAGAAUGAACUGGCCACCAAAGACUCACUGCACAGACAGGUAACAUCCUAAAAAAAAACUGCUUAUACACUCAUUUCUAUUAUUACCCAUGUCUGAUCAGGAUCAUCCACAUAAUAUCACGCUCUGAAGGCCUGUAUCAGUUUGUAUGAAUGCUUCAUGCCACCAUUCUGCUGUUCUCCGAUGUUUUUAGAUGUUCCAAUCCGAGGAGUUGUUGAAAAACACAGAUAUAUGCAUAUGGCUUGUUCGUCGUGAUCCAAGAUGACUUAUUUCUGAUGCUCUCUUUCUUUUCUUGCGAUAUUUAAUAUUUCAUGCUUCAACAGUGCCAUACAUAAUAAAGCAGAGAGAGCAGGACAUCAGUUGGGCUUUUGACAAGUCUGACAAUGCAUUUAAGGUAUUGAAGAAUAUUUUAGUGAAUGGUGUGUGAGCGACAGAGAUGUCCUCCUCAUAGGUUCAUAUGCAGUUCAGGGUGAAUGUGAGUUCAGCUCCACACCGGGAAUUCCUUCAGUUCACUCCAUUUGAGCCAGCGUGCCGUGUCCUUGCUACUUUCUGGUUGCACAACACUGACUACACAUCUCUUGAGAUCACAUAAUGUCACUCUUCAUCCUUUGCACGCAUUUGUGUGUUUGUGUGUGUGCACAUCUGCGUGUCAGAGCGAGGAGAAGGUGCGCCAGCUGCAGGAGAUGCUGGAGAUGGCAGAGCAGAGGCUGGCUCAGACCAUGAGGAAGGCUGAGACGCUGCCAGAGGUGGAAGCUGAACUGGCACAGAGAGUGGCAGCGCUUUCAAAGGUAACGCAAUCACACACACACACGCCACAGACAUGAGCAGAAAGAAAGUGCAUCAAGAGGCACAAAAAAAAAACAGAGAAACAGACACACAUAUAUUGAUAAUAUAGUUAGAGUGAUUGCAACCAGAGGUACUUGCACUGAUAUGGAAGUGUCUCCCCCUGCAGGCUGAGGAGCGCCAUGGCAACGUGGAGGAGCGUCUCAGACAGCUGGAGUCACAACUAGAGGAGAAGAACCAAGAGCUAGGAAGGGUGUGUGUGCAUGUGUGUGUGUGUACACCAGCCCCUCAGGGUUUUCCUGACCUCUCACAAUGAUGCACUGUAUAUGUGUGUGUAUAAGUGUGUGGGCUGACAUUUCACAUGAGCAGGAUGCUUUGACAGUUCACUAAAUAUGUGCUUCCUCAUGCAUACGCACAUAUGCGAACACUUAAGGCGUACACACUUAUGUAGAGCUCUCCAUUUUCUCCAUGCAUUGUUGCAUGAAUUUGAACCAAAUCCACAAAUCUUUCUGCAACACACCCCCUCCCCCCCUCUAUAAGACUGAUUGGCUGCUAUCUUUAGACUCUGAAUAAUUCACGCAAGACUAAUUUCUUGCUCUCUCUCUGCCAUUGCAUGACUAUAUUUAGUCAAAGAUGCUCUCUGAGGAUGCAGAUUUGUGUUUUCAUGUGUCUGGGUUAAUUUACUUUGGUAAUUACAAUAUAAUACAUAUUAAACACUGAAUUCCCCAUUUAAGAAAAGGCGUUUAACCCUUUUUAUUAGCACAUAAAUGAGUGUAAUUAAGUCUCUCUGGCUGUGAGAUCCAUUGUUGGCCAAGAGGACCUAUAUCUGGCAGCUGGUGAUCUCAGGCUAAAUACACACUUCAUCCUUUAAUCCAUGCAGAGAUGCUUGAUUAGCUGCUUAAAUACACCCAAAUGGAGUCUGUCUCAAAGAGAAAAUUUGAUGAUCUCACCCCCACCCCCCAUCUGGUUUUUGUUCUCUCUAUGCUCUCCAGGCUCGUCAGAGAGAGAAAAUGAACGAGGAGCACAACAAGCGUUUGUCUGACACAGUGGAUCGUCUACUCACUGAGUCCAAUGAGAGACUGCAGCUCCAUCUGAAAGAGCGCAUGGCUGCCCUGGAGGACAAGGCAAGGCCCGAGUGCACACAUUCAUCGAAGCAGCAGUGGCGGCAGCGGCUCAUAUUGCCGUUGUUAUUGCCUCAAAGAAUAAAUGAAUGUACAGUUCAGCACAUGUUAUUCUUGGACCACAGAUUUGUUUUGACGCAGUUUGAUGGUUUUCUGUCUAGAACUCCCUCAUUCAGGACCUUGAGAACUGCCAGAAACAGCUCGAAGAGUUUCAUCACACCAGGGUCAGUGAGACACGAAUGAUUCAUCAUAUCCACUGAGAUCUACUUCUCGUUCAACUGAAAUGACCCAAAUAAGUGGUGAAACAUAGUGGAUGCCAUUUGCACAUUACUGCAGUACUUGUUCUUAUGCUUCUUCAUAUUUUUCAUUUCAGAGUAAAAUCAUGUUGUUGUUUUUUAACUCCAUCUGAUUUAUUUGAUAACUUCAAGUUUUACUUUGCAAUGAUGAAAUUGUUUUUUUUCCAAAUGUAAAACACGCAUGAAGCUGCCAAAUAAUUUACACACUCAAAUCCGUAAACUAGCUCAAUUUGAGCAGCUGUCACUAAAAAGAGCUUAUCUGUGAGAGUUUGACAACCACCCACAUGGACAUUUAUUUCUGAAAGAUUAUCAGAUAACUGCUGCUCACAUGAUGCUAAACAUGAAGCUACAGCUUCAUAUAAAGGCUUAGAAAUUUUCAUAACUUUACACAGUAAGGGGCACAGCUGCGUUGACAGACAGGUAGGUGCAUUGUACCUCUUUGCUAUGAGGAUUAUCGCUUUAGCUCCACCUCUUUCUGUGUUGACUGCAGAUUACAUUUAGCCUGUAACUUUGCUGUGUCCAAAGGUAACAUGCCUGUUGUGACCCCCCAAGCUUAAAACUAGCAUGUUGGAUCUAUAAUUUCAAAAGCACAGAAGCAUGUUAACCUGAGGGAUUAGGGGAUUAACUAUUUCUCAGGCUCAGGCAAAUCGAGAAAAUUUGUGAAUUGGGAAAGAGUCUGGUUGACUGUCUACUCCUGUUUCCAAAAUUUCCUGAGCCAAGCUUACAGACUGAGCAGUGCAGCUUCACUUUUACAUGACACUAGGGAGUGGCAUCGAUUUUCUCAUUCAACUCCCAGCAAAAAAAAAAAACAAAAGAGUCUAUCUCCCAAAUGCCAAUCCAAUUUUGGGCUUUUUUAGUUGUUAUUGACAGAGGAAAGGACAGCAGAGCAGGACAGGAGGUAUGGAGUGGGAAGUGUCGUGCAGGACAGAGGCCACAGGGUGGGACCAAACAUGAGUCUCCUGUGACUGUUGGGCACACUUGGUCUACUUAAGCCCAUUUCUGUACUUGUCACUUUUACUUUCACUUACUUUUUCACAUUUACCUGUACUGAAGUAGAAGUUUAUUAUAGGUAACACUACUUUUUAACAAAUGAACAACAUGAAAGAACUGUCCAUAAUGCCUUUCUCCCCCUCAGGAACGGCUGAUCGGAGAAAUCGAUAAACUGAGAAAUGAGAUCGACCAUUUGAAGCGUCGCAGUGGAGCUUUUGGAGAUGGCACCCACUCUCGGUACUGAAACGCAUGAACAGAGGGGUGAUAGAUUCAUGACAUCUGAACAGAUAAGACUUCUCUCCCAGGAUUAAGCACUACAUUGUUUAGUGAUAAUUACUGAAAUCAUGCUAUGACCUGUGUUGACAUAAGAUGUUGAUACUUCCUUUAAUUUGUUUACUGUCUGUGUUUCCAACCCUCCCUCAUACAAUGUGUGUAUGCUUUAUUGAUGAUAUCAUGUUCCUCAUUUUUGAACCUCAGGUCUCACCUGGGAAGUGCCAGUGACCUUCGCUUCUCAGUGGUGGAGGGCCAGGAUGGCCACUACAGCACAACAGUGAUCAGGAGGGCACAGAAAGGCAGACUGUCAGCUCUAAGAGACGACCCCAAUAAGGUGCUUGUUAAAAACAGCCCUUGAGUUUGUCACAUACAAAAAAGAUAGUCAACUUACAGAUCAUGUUUCAAUUAUUCCUCUAACCAGACAGAGCCAUGUACACGUGCCUUAUCUGAGUUCAUGUCUGCUUUACUAAUAAGUGCCCAUGCUUGGCUUUUGUAUGAUGAUCUUCAUGCCUAACUCACCAUUCUCUACUAACCUCUCUGUCUCUCUUUCACCUGCUGCUGUGGACAUGCUGUCUGAUGUAAGUUCAUCCAUCCACAAGUGUCAUCAUGUAUUUUUAUGUGUAUCUGUCCAAUGAAAAUGUUACAUGUUUGCUUAAACAUUUGGAUUUUGUUUUCUCUUCAUAAACGUCUCACUCAUUUGUUACGCCCAGGUGUGCGCGAUGUUUGAACAGGACUACCCCUCGUUGCGUGGGAGCGUCAGCCACCUCCUGGGCAGCGACAUGGAGGCGGAGUCAGACAUGGAUGACGACGUUAGCUCCGCCCUUCUUUCCCCCAGCGGCCAGUCAGACGCUCAGACUCUUGCUCUCAUGCUGCAGGAGCAGCUUGACGCUAUCAAUGAGGAGAUAAGGUGUACAUUAAAUUACUGCACAUGGCUCUUCUGUGAUCCCAGUUGGGAAGCUGGGUCAGUGCAGCAGCAGCAUGACACAGGAGACAGAUAAGAGAACAAAGUAUGGAAGAUAAUGCAACAAAUGAUUACAAGAAAGGGGGCAUUUUAGGAGAUACUACAGCAAAUUAAAGUACUGCUGCUGCUGCUGCUGCUGCUGCUGCUGCUGCUGCUUGUUAAUGCCAGGCAUGAAGGCCUGUGGCCAGACAUGAUGCACCAGAACGGUUACCGCUUUUGAUAGGAAGAUAAUGAUGAUAACAUCUAGAUAAGUUUCUCCUCUGUAAAAUUUCUUUUGAGAGAAGAUGCUGUUUAUUGAAGCAAACAAGGUCCUCAUGUGAAAUCUUUGUCUGUGCUCACAGAAAAGAGAUAAAGAAUAGAGACUGAAUAUGCUAAUUCGAUGUAAAUGCAAAGUUAAUGCUGCCAUCCAAUAGAUAAGACGUCCUGUAUUAAAAAAUAACAUGUAUGUCGAUUUUUGUGUGUGUAUGUUCAGGAUGAUCCAAGUGGAAAGAGAGUCUGCAGACCUCCGCUCAGAUGAGAUCGAGUCUCGCGUAAACAGCGGCAGCAUGGACGGACUCAAUGUGACACUCCGGCCUCGUGCUCUGCCCACCUCCGCCACUGCCCAGUCUCUGGCUUCAUCCUCCUCCCCACCCACCAGCGGCCACUCCACACCUAAACACCACUCACGCAACGCCAGCCACCAUCUAGGCAUCAUGACUCUGGUCAGAAAGCACACACACAUGCUUACUCCAUACACAGAAAUAUAUGUUUCAUUUCUAAUUUUAAAAUGUAAUGUGUCAUUUUAUCUCACAGCCAAGUGACUUGAGGAAACACCGCAGGAAAGUAGCCGUAAGUUUGCACAGAAAACUACAACUUCACAGGAAUUAUUUUGUCAGAUUGUGGCUGUAAGUGACCGAGCUGAGUUUCUUUUCUAACUCCCGUAGUCUCCUGUGGAAGUGGACAAAGCUACCAUCAAGUGUGAGACAUCACCUCCCUCAUCCCCACGCAGUUUACGGCUGGAAACUAACUUUGCUCAGUUCACAGGCAGUCUAGAGGAUGGCCGAGGGUAAAUACACACACAUACACACAAAGAUAGUGUUAAAGUAUAAUAAAUGAGCAUUGGCAUAGAUCUUUGAAUAUCUCUAAAGCUUCAAACCCAGAGAAACAAACCCUUACUUCACUGAUGAACAGUUGGCAGUGAUAUAAGUUUCAACCUCAAUGUAACACAGUUUCUCAUUGGUGUUUGCAGUAAGCCGAAGAAAGGCAUCAAGUCGUCUAUUGGCCGAUUGUUUGGGAAGAAGGAAAAAGGCAGAAUGGAGCAGACUGUGGGCAGAGAAGGACAGACCCUACCUGCCUUGACAGGUACACUUCAGACUACACAGCAUACACCACAGGCACCAACAGAGCCCACAGGAGAGACAGAAACUAACAUUGAUUCUCUAUGUUCAGACUUUGAGAUGGGCAUCGGUGACACUAUGACCCUGGGAAAACUGGGAACUCAGGCUGAGAGGGACCGCAGGAUGAAGAAAAAGUUAACAUAAACUCCUUUCUUUGACAUUUCAAGUGUUUUAUCAUCUUAUUUUUGUAACUAACCAAGGCUUUUCUCUGGUUAGACAUGAGCUUCUGGAGGAGGCCAGGAAAAGAGGUCUGCCGUUUGCCCAGUGGGAUGGUCCCACUGUUGUCUCUUGGCUGGAGGUAUGUUCUCUACUCAUACCGUCUUUUUAAAAUUAUUUUAACCUUUAUUUAACCAGGAGAAACAGAAGUCAUCAAGAUUAAAAAUCUCAUUUUAGAGAGUGCCCUGGUUAAGAUAAGCAGCAGCAAAUGUAAACGCCUUUUUGCCCGUCUCAGUUCUGACCUUUGGAAAAGGUCUUGGGGUCCAGAAGUUUAAGUUCCUGUACACCUAUAAACCCAAAACUCUUGAAAAAAAAACCUCUUUCAUGCUUGGAACUCUUUACUCCAAAAAGAAAAACAGUAUACAAUCACUGAAAAUACCAAACAGACCAUCAGAGUCUGAUCUCCAUCUCUUCCUCCUCUAUCUGACCUUUUAUGGUAACAAUGGUGUUGAUGAUGCAUAUUUUGACAUCUCUUGCCAGCUGUGGGUGGGAAUGCCGGCGUGGUAUGUGGCAGCCUGUCGUGCCAAUGUGAAGAGUGGAGCCAUCAUGUCAGCUCUGUCUGACACAGAGAUCCAGCGUGAGAUUGGCAUCAGCAACCCUCUGCACAGACUCAAACUGCGCCUGGCCAUCCAGGAGAUGGUCUCCCUCACCAGCCCGUCUGCACCUCUUACCUCCAGGACGGUAUGAUGACAGAACAAAUAUACUUUCAUGCUAACCCUUCCUACAUGCAUGUAAAUACAUGUACACAAAUAUUAAUAUGGAACAACACAAAAAUAGAUGAAGAACAAAUUAACCCACUCGAAGCACACAAAACUUUUCCCACUAUCGCCUUCACUCUGCACCCUGGGGAUUUGACUCCUCACUCCUAUUUUUAUUAUUAUUAUUGUAUUUCUUUGCACUCCUGUUCAGACUUCUGUAGAGGCUUAUGACUGAGCCUGAUGUGACCUUUUCAACAGACUAAAUUGCAUGGAGAUCUGCAGGGAAACAAUACACAACCAGAGCUAGAUUUAGCCAUGAGCAGCUACCUGCAUGAAAGACACUCCCUCCCUUGGCAUCACUUAACACAAUGUCUGUCUGUGUGUGUGUGCAUGUGCAUGUGUUUGUGUGUCUGUGGGGGGGGUGCUAUGCGUGAAAAUAUCCACAUGAGUAUAUUCUUGGGUAUGUUUUUUGUGUGGGCGCGUGAUUGUGUGUGUGUGUUUGCUUGUGUUUUUGUCCUCCGAGCAGUCCUCCGGAAAUGUGUGGGUGACUCAUGAAGAGAUGGAGAACCUGGCUUCCUCCACUAAAGCGGUCAGUACCAUCUGGGUGCUCCCCUCCCCUUUCACCCCCACCAAACAACACUGUCACACUCACACUGUCCCCACCGUGACACACAUAUGUUAAAUUCCCACUACAUCACACACUAACGCUUUUCCUCUGCUCGAGCUGUUUUCAUGUCUGACUGUCUGAUGUAACAGAUAAAAUGUGUCAUCUUGUAGUCUUUUGGCAAAGUCAACGAUAUGAGCGCUAUAGAUGUUUAUCGCAGUGAAAUGCAGAUGGAGGAGAUUUAUAUCUGUGCGUCUAUGUGUGCCUUUGUGUUUGUGAAUGUGCGAUAUGUUUGUCUUUUACCCCCUGUCUAUCUAACGUUAUAAACUGUCUCUACCAUGCUGCCACUCAGGAUAAUGAGGAGGGCAGCUGGGCACAGGUAAGGUCACUGAUCAGCUAACAUUUGGGUCAUUCCAUGUCAAUUCAACCAAGAAUCUCCACUCACAUCACAGAUUUUGAUGAAAUUUGGUGGAGUGAUUGGCCUUCAGGAGAAACUGUCAGAGCUAAAAUAUUUUUGUUCAAAGCCAUCUAAUUAGUGAGAUAGGGGCUAACGAAUUUUUGUCUAACUAGCAUGACAUGCGUUACAAAAGUGUUCAUAUCUCUGGAAGUAUGACACCUAGAGAGCUGAUUCAGGUGUCAUUUUAAAGCUCUCCUCAAGUUCUAUCUUUUUGUUUAAAAAGCUUUAAAAUGACACCUGAAUCAGCUCUCUAGGUGCCAUACUUCCAGAGAUAUGAACACUUUUGUAACGCAUGUCAUGCUACUUAGCCAAAAAUUCGUUAGCCCCUAUCUCACUAAUUAGAUGGCUUUGAACAAAAAUAUUUGAGCUCUGACAGUUUCUCCUGAAGGCCAAUCACUCCACCAAAUUUCAUCAAAAUCUGUGACGUGAGUGGAGAUUCUUGGUUGAAUUGACAUGGAAUGACUCAUUUACACUGUGAACAUGCUUACUGAAGAAAGAAACACAAAACUUUACUUGACCAUCACAGAUUCUACAGAAGGAAAUGGUCCAAAGAUACAAAAGAGACAUGAAUAUAGCUGAAAAAUGACAAUAACCUAGAACUUUAAGACACAAACUGGCUGUUUUUACCGAUUUGAGUGAAAGAUGUUAAAGCAAAAUGCACUAAUGCCAUAGUGUCCAACCACAUAUUUGAAUAUACAAGAUAUUUAAUCCAACUCUAUAAAAUAAUGACAGAAACUGCUUUGUGUCACCAUCUCUGUGGUUUUUAAUAUCUUAUCAUGCUGUGUUGUUUUAUUCAACGCUCCCACUCAUCUGUUUUAACAGCAUGUUCUCCUGCUCCUUCUUCCCUUUCCAGACUUUGGCGUAUGGUGACAUGAAUCAUGAGUGGAUCGGGAACGAGUGGCUGCCCAGCCUCGGUCUCCCUCAGUACCGCUCCUACUUCAUGGAGUGUCUGGUAGAUGCGCGCAUGCUAGAUCAUUUAACCAAGAAGGACCUGAGAAGCCACCUCAAGAUGGUGGACAGCUUCCAUAGGUCGGUAACUGGAGCAAUUAGCGUAGCUUCUGUUUGAAAAGCCUGUGUUUACUUUAGCUUACUAUGUACAUGAGUUAUGCAAAUGAGAAGAUGAACGACACGUGUGUGCCUGUUUUUCCUGAGUACGUGUGUGUGUGUGUGUGUGUGUGUGUCUCAGGGCUAGUCUGCAGUACGGGAUUAUGUGCUUGAAGAGACUCAAUUAUGACAGGAAAGACCUGGAGCGCCGUAGAGAGGACAGCCAGCACGACAUGAAAGGUUCACAACCUGAUACACACACACACACACAGCGAAAGAAAUGCACGCACACAUACACACUUUGAAACGCUGUUCAAACACAUGAACGUAUCUACAGUCUCAUAAGAGCAGAAUACCACCUAGUGGCUCGGCCUAAUACUGUCAGUUAGGCCUGAGUAUUGAAACAGCUGCACCUUAGACUGACCAAGAGCCAACCAAGGCAGGACUACAAUCUUCUGAUCCAAAGCACCACAUACCAAGGGUAGUGCACACACACACUCACUCACACAGAUACACUCAUGCGCACACACACACAAAUACACACACUCAGAUCUAGCAAGCCCUCUCGCCCUUUUGACCUUGAGCUCUACACAUGAACUUGACUCAGCUGUCUUGUCAAAUCAUUCAGUCUGUUUAUACACACACACACACACACACACACACCCUGUUCCAACUUGGAAAGCUGGCUGACAGCUGCAUUUUAAAUGAACAAAGGGCGUGUGCCAUUGAGUUGACAAUAUGUAGACAUGCACAUUAUCUCUUUAUCUCUUUCUUGUUCUGUCUUCUUCUUCUUCUUGCUCUCUUGCUUUGACUCCAGUGACUCUGAUUUCCUGCUCAGUUGAAGGACUGAAAUCUAAACCAUGUGCCACAGCUCCAUGAAUCUGAGUCUCUCUCUCUCUUAUCUAAGAUGUACUGGUGUGGACCAACGAGCAGGUGAUCCACUGGGUCCUGUCGAUUGGUUUGAGAGAGUACAGCGGCAACCUGCUAGAGAGUGGUGUCCAUGGUGCACUAAUCUCUUUGGAUGAGACCUUCGACUACAGCAGCCUAGCGCUCAUCCUACAGAUCCCUAUGCAGAACACACAGGUGGUUAUAAAGGAAAUCAAAACCGUUCACUCAAAGUUUGUGUUCAACAGCAGCUAUUUGCAGUGAUGUCACACUCAAGAUGGUGAUAAAGAUCAUGAAGUUGUUUUUUUGUUGGCCAACUAUCUUUAAGCUAGCUAUCAUUGAGUUUUCAAGUUGAGUGUUGACUAAGAACUAAAUCUUUUCAGUGUUUUUGACACUAUCAAACAAUUAUGUAAGCUAGGAGGUGAUUGAAUGCUAAGGAAGUUUUCUUACAAUGGCUUUUAGUCAGUUUAAUUUGUUGUUCUAGUUUGAAAACUUGCCCGCUGUCUCUCUGGAACUCAGCUUUCGUUUAUUUAUUUUCUAAAUUGCUGAUCCAAAAGGCCAUAGGAACAAAAAAAAGAUGUUUAUAUGACUUGUAAGACUGGAAUACAGCAGUUUUCAAACAUUAUUUGAGCUUUUAUGAGGAAUAAGGGACUUUUUUAAUUUGGUGGAUUGUAUUGGGUGUUUAAAGCUAUAGUGCGUAAUUUCUGUUGCCCCCUAGAGGAUUUCUGCGUUAUUACAACGAUACGGACGGCACCUCAAUAUGACAUAUGCACAUCACACACAGUAACACUCACCAGACACAGCAUACUGCUCGUCACGUUACAUGGAGAAACACUCACGACACACAACAUGCUGCUGGUCACGAACCAAGGUACACAGACUAUAACUGCCCUCACAACGCGUACUUCUCAUCACGGUACACAGAGUAACAGUCUCCACUCACUGCAUACUGCUCGUCACAGUACACAGACUCCCCGCAGUAAGUUACUAACAGCAACACAGGCUACACACCUUGUAACCUACAGCUCGUUAAGCUAACAUUACACAAUGUGGCGAACACCAAGCUGCUAACAUUAAAUUACAUCCAUAGCAUCAUUUCCAAGAAAAUAGUAAAGUACUUGGUCCAGUAUGUGUAACAGCAACACAUCCUGCUCGAAAUGAACAGUCACUUACUUAUCCAGCAGUAUCAAGGCAACAAUUGGACCUCAAUCUUCUCCUACACGGCUCUCCAUCGAGGAAAAGCGACGCUGAUGCAAAUCCACGUUAUUCACUCUCUUUCUUUGCCAACAAACCUUCUCCUGAAUGGGAAGGCUUUUUCUGUUUAGCAGGAUCCACUUCUGAACCUCUUGGUCACUUCUCCACCAUGUUGCUACUAGCAGUGCUCUCCUCCCCCCUCCCUUCUCGCUGUCAGGUAAAUCCGAGUAGAGCGUGUUAUUUUAUGUGCGCCAGCGUGGGAAUGUCGCCCCUCAACACAAAUACAAAAAGUACAAAUACUGAAAAAUACCACGAGUUGCUCGAGGAGCUGAACAGCUUAAUCAGUGUUGUAUCAUCUCCUCUUGUAGUUGCGAGGGUGAAACAGAUAUUUACAGCCAUGUGGAUCUUACACACUAUAACUUUAAACGGAUGAAAGAAGUAAGUGUAUUUUUCUGGACUGGAGGCAUGUCAUGUCACAAUGGUUCAGUUGCACCCACCAUUGCCUCAGACUUCUUCCUUCAUUUGGCCAACUCAUACUCCUGCCUCAGAUUUAUUUUUUUCUUUUUAAUCAAAAAGGCUGUGAAUCCCCUUAGAAGAGGGUUUUUUUCUAGCUAUGGGUUUCAGCACAGAUUACUUGCCUCAAAGGUGAACAAAAUCUUAAAUGUCACUCCUAUCAUCUAAGAGGUUAGUUAAACAUUUUCAAAUGUUUUAAGAGCUUUUGUUGAAUUGGCAUCAGCUCCUUUUAAUACCAAACCCUGCGUGGUUAACCAGCAGCUUCACAGUGUCUCCUGCUGAGAGAGAUUGUGUGUGCUGUUUUCCAGGCACGGCAGGUUCUGGAGAGGGAAUUUAACAACCUGUUGGCCUUGGGAACUGAUCGUCGAUUAGAAGAGGUGACUUCUCAAGCUGUGUCUUUGAUCAAAUACAAUAUCACAGAAACUGGGUCAGUUGUCUAAUUUGGCUUUUCUCCCUGUACCUGCAGAGUGGCGAUGACAAGUCGUUCCGGCGCUCUCCAUCAUGGCGAAAGAGGUUUAGGGCGCGUGAGGGAGGGGUUGGGCUUGGCAUGAUGGCGGGCUCGAUGGAAACAUUGCCUGCAGGCUUCCGCAUGCCCUCCAUGUCCAUGCCACCCUCAGUAAACUUGAUGCCGAAGAAACAGCUCCAGCCUGAAGGUGUUGUUUCAUCACUAACAUGUAUCUGAUCGACCUCAAAAUAUGAUUCUUCCUGGGUUUAUCUUUGUGCGCCUUUCUGCUUGUCUUAACUAACUGCAUGCUGUUUUCUCUCUGGCCUGCUAUGCCAACAACCUUUCUUUGCGGUGUCCUCUGAAGCUCCUCCCCCGGCGCCCCCGAGACUCGACCCCUCGGCUGUGCGGACCUAUUCCUGCUAACUUCUCUCUGCUUACUAACAAGAGCACUAAUGCUAACAGGUAAGCUUACUAAAUACUACUUAAAACUGCUGAAUUUACCGACCAGUGCGCCAUUAACUAGCAUUGCCCAGCUGUGUGAAAUGAGGCAGGAAUGUGAAACCAACUUCCCUGUAGGCCUAUCAAGCUAUUCUACUUGAAUAAUGAUAAGGUUGACGGCAGCCUUUCAGAUGUUAGUGAAUCAAAGUUGUACCUGUAUGUUGGAAAGGGUAUCAAUGCAUGAUGGAUAUGUCCGGUAAAUGUAAUAAACUGUAUUAUCAAUGUACAUUUUCCCUAAUUUUAAGAAGUCCCAUGAAAAGACUAAAACCAGCAUUCAAGUGAUCAGAAGUAUCACAAUUUGUGGAAAGUUCAUAAACCAGUAACCAAAGAAAUGUAUGGUUGUGUCAAAAUGAAUGAAAAGCAUGAAUUCGUCAAAUCAUCUCUCAACAUAAGUAACUCUAUGGUAAAAUAAGUCUGUCUAUUUUAUUAAUUUACAAUUCAAUCCUAGUUACACUCUAUUGCAGCUGUGCAAACCCAUUAAAGCACACAGUUUAUUUUUCCAAAUUUACAAUAAUCAGCAACAAGUGCCCUGUUAACCCCGAUAGGAGGCGCAGCAUACAAAAAUCAACAACUUUUUUCCUUUUUUAAACUUUUAAAGCUAUGACUUUAGAUUUAUGUCCUGUUAAUGCUACAGUAAAAUAUGAGUCAGUGACUUUUGAUGACAUUCCAAAGGCUAAGAGGGGACAUUGUUGGACAAACCUGUAAUUUUUUAAAACUGAUUUGCCAAGAAUACACAAACUUUAGCAGCUUUUCCCAUAGAUAGUUAAAACAAUAAAAAAGAUGUGAUAAAAAGAGGUUACAGACUGCAUAAAUAAAUAAAUACUGAAUUAUGUUUUUUUUAGAUUAUUGGUUACUUAAUUGUUAACAGGCUGUUGGUUUUUACUGUUUUAUGUUGUAAAUUUCCUGCAUCCUUCAAAACAAACCAACUCUUGCACCAAAGAAAUGUUCAUUUUUAAGAGUUACUCCCUGGUAAUGAAACUUUUACCAGUUUCAUACCAUGAAAUAUCAGCUGAUAUGAUACAUGUCAAGCUCAACUGUAGCAUGAACUCAUCCUUUUUCUUACUCCCCCUCUCUUUCUCCUCUUUUCUUCCAGUGCAUUCUCAUUACCUAUACGGACAUAUGCUUGCGGCCUUUUGAGAGUGAUAUGCCAAAUCUGGAGAGGGAGUCCUGGGCACCACUGGCAGGGAGUGUUCACUCCUUUUGCUGCCCGGCCUUACCUCCCACCUUUCACCUCUCACCACUCCUCUUCGGACACGUGCAAUACAGAGGCCAACUCUGACCUUUGAGAGUGCUCAUUGGCUGCGCUCGCUGCUGUAAAGGAGACUCAUCUCUGUCUCUCUCCCAGUUUACCCCAGUGCUCCCAGUAGCCUUGUUGUUGUGGUGUUGUGCUCCUGCUCCCCUAGUCUCAGCUGUGGGUUCUUGUCCUGGUUCUGAUCUCUUAACAUAGCCAAGUCUAAACCAAUAAUCCUGUGUUAUCAUCUCCAAGGCAACAAGAGUGGCGUAAAAAAGACGAGAGAGAGUGGUAACAAGUCAUUGAUUUGGACUUGAAUGAUGAAUACUUGUAUAAAUGGCAGAUCCCACUGCACAUGCCCCUCUACCGGUUAUGCAAGGUAUUACUCAUUAAUCGUCUCUGUACAUAAAAUGGAUGACUUAUGUUUUUUAUAGAAAUAUUAUAUAUAUAAAUAUAUAUAUAUUGGAAAUAUAUAUGGAAAAUAAUAUAAUAUCAUUGCUGUAUGAAACCCAAUGCCCUGUAUUCGAUAGUGACUGUUCUUUCUCUCCUCCUCUUUCUUUCUCUUUCUCUCAGUGUCGGACCUUUGUAUGUCUUUUGCUGUAUGCCGUAAGUGUGUGAACCAUUAGUAGGAGGGGGUGGGUUUCUACAAGGACUCUUCACAGGUUCAUGGGUCCAAUUUCAAACUUCUCUCUCUGCCUCUUCUCCUCUUUCUUUUCUUUCUUUCUUCCUCAUCCUCUUUUGACACUUAUGUAGCUGUUACCUCUCCUUUCUUCGCCUCUCUCGCCUUCAGUAUGACACUAUGUAGCCUAGAAUAGAGAAUCCUUUAAUAUGAAGUGUGUGUGUGCGUGUGUGUGUGAGAAGAAAUGUUGAGUGUGAAAGGCCGACCCCAGCCAUGUGACUAUGAAUUUUCCCUGUGGAUGGGUAGUGUGAACACUGUAGCUCCUCUCUGUUGAUUCCCUCCUUUCUUUCAAAUCAAACUGUAAACUGCUGCUCAACAUCAGCCAAUGAUAAACACUCAAAACUGCUCAAUGUGACGGACUUGACUAUUCCUGUUCCGCCACCUCCUUUUUUGUUGCUAUGAAGACGUGCCAGUGAGCAGUCAGUCCUCUUGGCUGACCAAUUCCUCAUCCAAGGAGAACACAGCAAAGAACCAGAGAAGUGCUGGAUGGGAGGUGUACAAUCUUUUUCUUUUGUUUUGUUUAUUUUACAGUUUUUCCAAGGUGUCUAAAAGGUGUAACGUGCUAUGUGGCAGCUAUGAGUACUGUGUCUUUAUUCCAGGUGUGAAACAAUGCUGACAAAUCAAGAUUUUAUUAUUUGGCUAUUUAAAAAGUGAACUGUAUUUAUGACACUAUAUAGACAUAAGUAAAGCUGUUUUUUAAAGAUUU